CUCUGUCAUUCCUUUUAGUUUUUCCCGUUUUUGAAAGCGAUUAUUGGUACCUAGACUCUCCCUACAAAAGCCUUUGCACAACAACGUAAAGGACAUGACGUCACAUAUACGUAAUAAAUACGCUAUUUGCGUAACUCACCCAACACUCAAUUGCGGCAUUGACUACACGCUGUGAACCAUUCACAGAAUACUUGCGCUCUAACCCUCACCUGAUCAGUAAAGCUUGCAUUACCCGACAUGCGCACGAUCCAUGACGCUGGCUUUCUCGUAUUCACGGCAGCCGCCUGCGCCGUUUACGUAGCCUCUUUUAGAUACCCAACAUUGGAAGCGGGGGGUGGUGGUCUGUGAGCGGAAGUGACAGAGAGGAAAAGAAUGAUGAAGCUGAAGAGCAAUCAGACUCGGACAUAUGACCGGGACGGGUACAAGAAACGGGCGGCGUGUGUCUGCUUCCGGGACGGGGCCGAGGUUGAAGUGUGUAUACAGUAAUUGUGUAUGCAUGGGGGAGGGGGUGUAUAAUGUAUGUAUAUUAUGUACAAUGUAUAUGGAGGACGGAUCCCGUUAUGUCCUGAAUCGAUCAUGGUGUAUUCCCAGCUGGUUGUACAUCUUUAAAUAUUUUAAUGCUGUUUAUAAUUAUUCAGGAGUUUUAUAUUUCUACACUCGAAAUAAAGUAAUUAUACAUUAUUGAAUGAGCGUAUACAUUAAAACUAAAAGUAAUUAUUGACAGUAUGCCGUAUAUACAUGUAUCCGGAUCAAGCACUGUGUAAAUCAUGUGCGGUGGGGGCUCCCUGGUUCUGUACAUGUACGGUGCAGGGAGAUAGUGAGAGCUGUCAGCUGGAGGGAGAUCAUGUCUUCCCUGCCUCAGAUCUGCCCUCUUUUGACACCUCCCUUUGCACUAUGGUCAGCAGAGGGUUCAGUCAUAUGUCAUCAACUCCUGGCUCCUUAUGAGACUUGCAGCUCAAAUACAAGAAGCAGAAGAUUUUUUUUUUUUUUUUUUUUUAAAGGGUACCUAUUAUACCAAUGUUAAUCUAUUAGUAUAAGGCUACCUGUUAGACUAGUUUUAACCCAUACUCCUUUUAAAGAGCAUACAAUUCUAGCUAUAAAUUGUGCCAAUAGAUUCGCUAACAAAUGAAUUGGGAGAAAAUACUCUGCAGAUGCACUGAUCAGGGGUGUUUCCUACAGCUACAGGACUCCUCACUUACUAGCAAGAGAUAAUCAUUGGUCUGUGGAGUCUUCUUUUAUCCCAUUAAAGCGGAACUGUCACCAUCUGGGGACUUUGCAUAAUUAGCAAAGACCCCUGAAUGCCACAUAGCUGCAGAGGGGUGGGCAGGCAAAGAGGAAAGUUACUUAUCUGAACUCAUACCUUGUGGGUACCACCGCCCCCUCCCGGCCAGUCCUCUUUUGUUCCUGGCUCUUUAGCGUCACUGCUGUACUCUGCACAUGUGCAAUAGUACAGCAUUGUGGUCUAUGGAGGAUCCUCCAUAGAUCUAGCCAAUUUCCCUGCAGCCAUUACUGGUGACACCUGGGGGAUUGACACUUCUUGACAGCGGUUGUUUUGCCCAGUUUCAUAAAGUGUCACUACUUUGCCUCAGUAUUAUCUUUUGACUGGGUUUGGCAUUUCAGUGAAAUUUCAGCACAGUCAUUAUGAGUAUUGCAUAAAGAUUUUAAAGUGGGGGUACAGUGCCACUUUUCUACGGUAAGUAGUGAAUACCCCUUGAGCAGUUUUUUAUUUGUCACAUGAGAUUAGUAGACGCCUGUAGUGACUUUCACUCAGCUAUUAGAGUUGCUUUCUAUUAUCCUACAAUCUUUGUAGGACUGAUGUUUUGUGACUUAAUGAUCUGCAUGAAGACACUGAAUGCUCUCCACAUUGAUAGACUCUGAUAAUGCUUCUCUUAAAAUGGAUACUCCAAGUGAUACGACUACUUCAGUGAUUUGAUGUGGUCAUUGUGCUUGGAAUCUGUAUGUGCACUGGGAAACACUGUACAUACAGAGUUAUAGAACUCUGUUGGCCAAGUUGUAACUUCACCUCCGACAGCGUCCUUAGCCAGCCCAGAACAAAAGUUCCAGGCUGGCUUUUUAAAAAUCUGUGCUUAUUUAAUGUUAGAAUGCUAGAGCCCCCACUACAUGCCGCCUCAAGUCCUCCAUUGCAGUAAAGGGGGAGUCCGACUGCAGGGAAAAUUUGGCCUCAUUGUGGGAUUACAGUUAAGGGGUGGGGAACAUGCCAACUAGCCUAGUUGCUACAGCCAGAAGAAGUGUUUUAUUAAAUCACUGUUUGGUAGCAGUACUCUUUAAUGGAUACAAGGGGCACUGAUAUCUAAAUAUGUCAGAGUAUCUUUAAGGUUACAAAUACAUGAUUAUGGUCAAAGAUCUCAAUCUUCCAAGUGCAAACUGUUGCUGGUACCGUCAAUGAUUUGAGGUAGUCCGCUCUACCUUCUGCUCUGCCAAUCCAAAUAAUUGUAUGAAUAUGCUAUACGAAUCACCAUUUCCACUGACUGGCAUAUGUACAGCUUUCUGUGAGGUUAGAGGGGCAUAUAGAAUAUUAAUGGGAGUUUUGUGUUGGGGAAGGUUUAAUAAAACCACAAGGAUUUUGUUAAAGGGAGAUUGCAUAGUGAAGGCAAUGUAUGUGUGCUGUAUUAGUGAAUUUCAGAGCUCCAGCAGUAAAACUUAUAAUAAUGUGCAUUUUAAUGUAUCUGAGAGCUCCUAAAUACAACAUCUCUGUGAUACAUUCAUUCACACUACACAUUGCUGUGGAACUCUGAGAUACACAGAAGUGAAGAUAUGGUUGCGCUGGACUGGAGGGGUGGUGAAUUGAUAUCUCAUCCUUAUACAUGGAAAUUAUUAGGGAUCGAAAAAUAUAGAUUUUUUUUAGAGCCGAUACGGCUAAUCUGUGAACUUUCAGGCCGAUGGCCAAUAAUUUACUGAUAUUCUGUACAUUUACCAUUUUUAAAAAAUAAACAAUUUCUACACAAAUCUACUGUUAACUGAACAUGUUUAUUAUUUAUUUUUUUGCAAACCUUUUUUUUUUAUUAAGGUAAAUGCACAAAAUAUACAUGCCAGUAAGAAUUUUUUGUUUUUGAGAAUAUGUGUGUGUGGUAGAUGCGGAGAGAGUAUUUAAUUAGUGAAUGCAAUGUGUGUUUGUGUAGUGUGUGUGUGUAUAUAAUGAAUGCAGAGUGUUUGUGUAGUGGAUGCAGUGAGUGUUUGUGUAGUGUGUAUAGUGAAUGUAUUGUCUGUGUAGCGUGUGUAAAGUGAAUGCAGUGUGUUUGUGUAGUGUAUGUGUAUAUAAUGAAUGCAGAGUGUGUUUGUGCAGUGUGUGUGUGUAUAUAAUGAAUGCAAAGUGUGUGUGUGUGUAUAGUAAAUGCACUGUGUUUGUGUAGUGUGUAUAUAAUUAAUGCAGUGUGUGUUUGUGUAUUGAAUUUGUGUAGUGUUUUCAUAUAAUGCAGUCUAAAAUGGGGGGGAGGGGGCAUUUUUAUUUUUAAUUUAUUUUAAUUUAAAAUUUUUUAUAUAUAUAUAUAUAUAUAUAUUUUUAGUCCCCCCUCCCUGCUUCUUACUUUGUCAGGGAGGAGGGAUAUGGCAUUCCCUAGUGGUCCGGUGGCAUGGACUGUGCAGUGGGGGCCCGCAGCAAGCUCUUACCUUCACAGCAGCUCUCUUCAGCUCCUCUAACUCUCGUGCCCUGCGUGCCGCGUGGAGCGUUGCCAUGGUAACCCUGUGCAACGCUCUGAUGGCCGCGGCACUCGCAACAUUUAAACAGGGAAACUGAAGGGAGCUGCUGGGAAGGUAAGUAAGAGCUUGCUGCGGGCCCCCCAGGACCGCCGGGCUUGUCAUGGGCCCGGCAGUCCGGUUCUGCGAUAUCAAUACCGAUAUUGCCGAAAAUACCAAAUAUCGGCCAGACCGAUAAUACGUUGAUCACUAGAAAUUAUCAUUUAUCUUUAUGAUAAAUUAUAGUUCAAUUGGCUAUAGAGGGUAUUUAUGUUGAAGUGAACCUAUUAUGACAGGCUCACUUUGAAAGAACACUCCAAACAUCAUGACCACUCUGAUGCCAGGAGUGCCCCAUUGCUCCCUCAUUGUAAAUAGUCACCCUAUUUUAGAACCUGGGGAAUGCUGGGUGCUACUUGCCAUCUGUACUACCGCUGUGAGAGCCAGAUGCUCCUGGUUAGAAGCUAUUGUUAGCUCUCAUGACCUAACCCCUGUAGUGGAGGGCUAGCAGAUUGAAAGCUUAGCAGAUCAAUCUAAGCUAAGUAAGCCCUCAACCACCAGACAGAGAUCUUCUUUCUAGUGGAGGUGGGAAGCAGAACCUGGCAGAUCCCUGGUAAGAAGUCAUGCCAUUGUAAAACAGCUUAACUAGAUAGGCCCCAAUAGGGUCCCAAUUAACAUGGGAUCAUACAAAACACACACCUUGGCGCCACAUUCUCCAGCCUGAUGAACCCCCUCUAAUACUUUUAUCUCUCUUUUUCUUCCUUUUCUUUCUAUCUCUCUCUGUUGCUUUUCCGGUGGGUAACUUGGCCCGAUAGCCAAUUCCGACUCAGUGGCAACCGUAGAGGAGACAGGUGCCAUGAGCCCUACCGGAAAAGUAGACGGAUACAUAGGCUUCCAUAAGCACUGUUGAGAAGUUUACUUAGUUUAUGAACUAUCGUUACAGUUGUAUAUUACAUUAUAUAAAAAUAUAAAAUAAAAAGCAAAACGAAGGUAUCUUGUCCAACCGUAAUACUAGGCCACAUAUGACUGAGAUAGACCGUGGCAUGUAUCAAUACCAAGAAAUCUGACUGUAAUAACAUAACUGUGGCAAUGUAUACUGUUCACUAUGUAUAUGUCAAGCGCUUCAAUCAUAAAGUAUUUAAAAAAAACAAACAAAAAAAACAGUUUAACUACUUAUAAUUUGUGCUGUAGGGGUUAUUAUGUGCAGUAUGUUUUCUGUACAUACAUAUUAGAUAAACUGAGGUUCCAUGGAUGCUAUCCAAGAUGGCCAAAUGUAUGUCUCACUAGCUCUUGAGGAAUCGGGAUAAUAUCAAGCGAUAUCCACAGACAAAACAAUUUCCGAUGCUCCUAAGCCACAAGCUGCUUGUUAAAUCAACCCAGCACAAGUUUCUAAGUCCAUCUGGACUAUAUUCUGGUAUGGCUAACUUGCGGCCUACUUGGGCUGGGGUGUUUGCCGGGGUGAGAGGCGGCCGAUCUCCUGCGGUGGUGCACGCCAGCUCAUUCUACACUCUUGCAACCCAGUCACUGCCCCCCUGGACUGGUGGGGGUUAUCCCGGUUCUCACCAGGACGGUAAAAAAGCUGCCCUUCAAGCCAACACACCUAUGAUAUUUGUCACCGUGUGGCAUGACCAAAAUGGCCACCACGCAAGACCACCAUCCAAGCUAUGCAAACCCAUGGGACCAGGACUGGAUGGAGAUCUUUCUUGACAGGUUCGAUGCAGUCUGCCAGAAGUUCUGGCAUUGAUUCCACAGCAGAACCAAUACACUCACCCCUCUGGCAGCACAGCCCACCCGGAAUGAUGGUCUCACAGCCGGUUUCUCUUCUAGGCCGGGAGCUACCUGAAGACACCCCCAACCCGUCGCUCACGUACUCGGGGGUUGCUCCAAAAUCUAGUGAACCUCCGUGCCUGCAAUCCUAUCUUGCUGGAGAGGAGACGUGGAUGUGGAGCAUGUGCCCCUAUUCAGGUUUGGUGCCAACCUGACAUGGAGCUGCUACCCGGUUAUGCUCUGCAAAAAGAAAAUCAGCAAUACCUAGAGGUCCUGAUGGUGGACAGUAGGGACACUAAUGCUCCAACAUGCUCAAGCUACUGGCAAAUACUGGGACCCUGAUGAACAUGGAACUUUUACAAGAUAUGGGCCAAAUACCCUCGUGCUCUGAGUUGCCACAGCCUUGUUAAACUGUUUUAAUUUGCUUUUGACCUGUUGUCUUAUUUUUUUUUUUUUACUGGUUUAUACUGUUUUCACUCCUACAUUAAGGCAUGUAGCGUUUUCCUGGGAGUGAUAUUCAGUCCUGGUGGUCUUACCUUCUCACUUAUGUGCAACACUAAGCUACAACUCUUUCAGCCAUAACACUCUUAUUACUAUGUUCAGCAUAUCCUGCUACUUCUACUCUCUCAGUUGCACUCAUUACAUCCCACAACCAUGUCUACCUGCAGCUCACUACAUAUACUCCCAUUGUUUAUCACAGCUCUAGACAUGUACAGUUUAUUUGUUCUCUACUUUAUAUUAUAAAAUGUGCACUGCCUAUCCAAGCCACACAAUUGAUAAACUCUGUAUGUUGAAGGUUCAUGUACAUGCUGUCGUGGCAUCGCAUGUAUGUCUGUAAUCACCUAUUUGCACGAAAAAAUAAAGAAUCUAAAUAUAUAUAUAUAUAUAUAUAUAUAAAAAUGAGGUUCCAUUGAAGAGAAUGAGAGCAUUUUUAUUGUGGUUUGGGUAGGGCUGACUUUGAAAGGUGGAAACCCAGCAUAUGCAGACAUUGUAAAGGUGGAUGGUUAUUUACUUUUUGUAAAUAAUUUACAGUUUUAUAACAGAUUAUUUACAAAGUCAAAACAGAAAAAUGAUCUGCUACCUGUCUGGUAUAUAAAAACCUCAGUUGGUUAUAGUUGAAAGGUUACCUCUGGUGCAGCUGGCGGCUUUCUGCUAGAGCUUCACACCUGCAGGCAUUUAUAUAGCUAACAAUAGCAGCUAUUUUCACAAAAUUUUCCCCAAAAAAGGUCGCAAGACGGCAGACAUACCCACCGAUAUGGGAGUCGGUAGAAAAUCAAAACAGAAUACCACGGUGCCAGCGAUCUUCCAUAGCUGCAAGAAGGGAGACCCACCACAUGCAGACGAGCACCAGGAUUAUGACUCCAACUCUGCAACUCGGCAGCCAGCGACUCGCAAAACCCCACUUUUAUCACCAGGGAAAACCUCAAAAGCCUGCUACAGGAUAUAAAAUAUAAUAUGGAACUGGAGUUCAUCAGAAACCCGGCCCCUAUCAGGGAAGGCCUCAAUGACCUCUUAAAACAUUAACAAAAUGGAGGAGAAGGUGGACCAAGUUACAUCUAGGACAACUACACAUGAAUAGGCCAAAAGAGCUCUCCAGGAACAAGUCAGACAGCUGGAACAUGCCUAUAAGGAUCUGAACAACCGAUCCCGAAAAAAUAUCAGGAUCAGGGGCAUCCCCGAGUCCAUAGAAAUUUACACUUUGUCCUCUACCCUCUGAGAGACAUUUUGCGGCCUUCUCCCAGAGGCGCCUUCAGUGGAACUCUUCCUGAAUCAGGCGCAUAGGGCACUUCAGCCUCCUUAUCUAAUAUGGUGCACCCAAAGGACGUUAUAGUCUGGCUACAUACGUCCGUGUAAAGGAAGCUAUUAUGAGGGCAGCCCAUAACACCCCACUCCUGAUCAAGGGACACCAGGUCCAAUUCUAUCAAGACCUGACUGCUAGCACACUGAGGAAACAAAGGGAAUUGCCUGCGAGAAGAAUCGGUUAUUCAUGGGGACACCCGUUUAAGCUGAUGGCACACAGGGAGAACCAAACAUUUUCUGAACAACUGGGCCUCCCGCACAUAGACGUGAACGCUGACCGUCAAUCUGGCAGAAUACCGCAGGCAUCUCCACCCCGUCCGGGGAGAAUGGAAGCCCACAGAUGCUCCGCAAAAGAAACGGAGAUCCAAUCGCCGCAUCACGGGACUGAAUUUACCGAACGCAAUGCCAAGCAAGACUGAACACUGCGGGACCCCUGUGAAUCAGUGCACAGAAGAUCUACUCCUCGCAUACAACAACACAAUUGAGCGGACUGAUUGCACACCGAUUCCGACUACCCAACACAAACUACGGGCCUCCUGUAGACCACCAUGAACACAUCAGAUGCAGAUAAGAAAAACUAGCUUCAAUUGCUAGCCACGAUAACUUUUAUGUUUUCUGUCUAGCUUUACAUAUAGUUACAUAGCUGAAAAGAGACUUGCAUCCAUCAAGUUCAGCCUUCCUCACAUUUGAUUUUUGCUGUUGAUCCAAAAGAAGGCAAAAAACCCAGUUUGAAGCACAAUUUUGAAACAAGCUAGGAAAAAAAUUCCUUCUUGACCCCAGAAUGGCAGUCAGAUUUAUCCUUGGAUCAAGCAGUUAUUACCCUACAUUGAAAGAUUAUAUCCUUGAAUAAUUUCUUUUUGCAAGUAUGCAUCUAGUAGCUGUUUGAACAUCUGUAUGGACUCUGAUAAAACCACUUCUUCAAUGUAUUAAAGAGAAACUCCAGUGCCAGGAAAACAAUCCGUUUUCCUGGCACUGCAGGUUCCCUCUCCCUCUCCCUCCCACCCCCCAACCCCUGGUAACUUACCCCUUCAGUAACUUACCUGAGGCAGCGAUGAUGUCCCUCAUGGCCACUUCCUCCUCCGCCGCCACUCCUCCUUCUGACUGCGUCGGCCGGUGGACAAGACUAAUUCCGCCCACCGGCUGGGGAAACCUAAUGAUUGCCGCCCAUGUGCAUUAGCGCUCCCCAUAGGAAAGCAUUGAAAAUGUAUUUCAAUGCUUUCCUAUGGGGAAAUGAGCGACGCUGGAGGUCCUCACACAGCGUGAGGACGUCCAGCGACGCUCUAGCACAGGUUUACACUUGCAGGGUUAAAAGUAGUGGGAGUUGGCACCCAGACCACUCCAAUGGGCAGAAGUGGUCUGGGUGCCCGGAGUGUCCCUUUAAUCUUUUGUUGGGACGCUAGGCACCUGUUAUUUAAUUCCAGCAAGUCAAUCUGGCCACCUGACUAGCUAUAAGGGCACAGGCAAUAUACCAACUACACUAGACACCCUCGCUUGGCCCCCCACUAACUUGCCCCCCCCCCACCUCAGCGCAAUCGUCCAUGUAAAACCAUGCUUCCCUUAUCAUACUAAGCAUGACAAGAGCAAUAGCGCACGUACCCACCGAGAGAGGCCUUUACACUAGGCAGUACUGGCAUAUACAUUAUGGGUGAUGCCAGGGAGCAAGGUGGAAGAGAACAGCCCACACGCACCCACCACUAAACUACCAGAAAUUAUCCCCUACUCAAUUACUAGGACAUAACUUAUGGCAGGGAAAAAAUUCUGCAUCAUUGCCCCCCCCCCCAUUUUUUAAGCCAAGGCAUUGGGUACCGAGAGUACCUUACAUUGGCUACAGGGAUAACACCCGGGCAUUAACCAAGGGCCGAACAGGUUGGAGCCAAGAGCUGAAGACACAAUGAAUGCUCGGUGGGGGCACAAGCCAAUGUUAACUGAGCCUCGUAUUAUAAUAAAAUAUAACCAAAAAUAAGUAUCUGUAUACUGUAGACCCCAGUACUGGGUUACCCUUGGGUGGUUUCGGUGGUUUUGAUGCUUUUAUACCCAUAUGUAUAAUUGAUAUAGGCAGGUAAAAAACUAGACGUCACAGGUCCAGAGACUGGAACAUUAGAGACCAGGUCCAUUGUUAUAGGUACUGUUAAAUAACUGCUUUUUAUGUUUCCUUAUUACUCUUAUUUAGUUUAUUUUAUCUUGUUGCUAAAUGGUAUGUUCAUUAUGCUUGAGUACACCCUAUGAUACUAGUUUCAUGAUAUAACAGUGAAGUAAUGUUGGUUCAUAUGCUUCAUCAUACAGGCCUUCCUUCCUAUUUAACUUCAUGGACCGAUGAGCAGAUGACAAGCGUAUCCAUAACAUUGACAAUUCGAUUCUGCUGACCCCACUGACCCGAGUCUGACAUCAUCAGCCUUCGUCGUAGACCACAGGAGCCUGGAGUGCCUAAGCCGGCCCCAUACCCUACGGGACUGAGGGAGGGACAUGGUGGGGAGGAGGACAAACUAACACUAAAUCCCUGACCUUUGACCUUACAUUCUAAAAAUAGCGUGACAGAAGCAAUAGACUUGCUGUCCGCCCUUACCCCCUGUACAUUCCACACUACUUCCCUGCACGACCAAAUGAGCGGUCAGGCAUAAUACCCCACCUACUACUGGCCCGAUAUUAAGCCCAAUAGCCUAAUACUCUUACUUCAUUCUCCCUCUGCACUCUCUCUUCCCUCACCCCUCCCACUUUUCUUACCCUCCUUUCCUUACCCCACUCUCUUCCUAAUGGCCCGCGAUCCCCGACCUCCUCUGAUCUCCCCCUUCUCAUGUAGUUUUCCCUUAGCUUUGUGUCCCUCGCCCCAAGGUGUUUCUCCAUCAACGCCAAGGGGCUCAAUACGCCCGCUAAAAGACAUGGGCUACUACGAUGGGCUCACAAACAACAUCUAUAUAUUCUCCUAGUCCAAGAAACACAUUUCACGACCAAUCGCUCGUUCCCCCUUACUAUUACAAACAGAGAUUCUUAGUUAACUUCACAGACCCUAAAACAAAAAGGGUAGCAAUAUACUACAAACCUCAUGCCUCUUGGCAGAAAUCACAUACACAAAAGACCCCCAAGGCAGAUAUAUCACUAUAGCAGGGAAAAUAGGAAAUGCAGAAUAUGCAUUCUGCUCAGUUUAUAAACCGAGUAUACCAGACAGUGCGUUCUGGCAACAACUUGCGACCCACCUAAAAAUUGUACUCUAAAAACACCUUAUAGUGGGGGGUAAUUGCAAUUCAAUGCUACACACACGCCCGUGAUAGGACAACACAAAAUCCCAACCACUUUCAACCCUCCAGGAAUGACACCCACUGCGCACAAUUUUUAUUUUCACAAAACCUCAUUCAUAGCCAUCGACUCGAACUCUCUUUUUAUUCACACCCACACAAAUCUUAUUCACAUAUAGACUACUACUUAAUCACCUCAAAUCUGCUGUCCCACGCCACCAGGUCGGACAUAGGACCAAUCUCCUGGUCCGACCAUGCAGACAUAUCGCUUACCUUAACUCUUCCCAAUUUAAAACAACAAUGGUUGUGGAACUAAACCCACUACUCUAACAUGACAAAAAGGUGAGGUGAGGAACAUUUCUAAAGCGAUCUUUACUUUAAUCUAAAUGUGCACCUUCGCCAAUGACCCUGUGGGCCACACACAAAGCGGUUAUAUGAGGCAACCUAAUCAGGAUAGCCACCACAAAAAAAGCCAACCCAGAAACUCCAACAACUAACCAACGCAAUGGCAGAAUUGCCCCGACUGGAAACUAGACAUAAACAAGACCGACAGCCAGCCACCCUGGCACAACUAAACUCUACAAGAGAACUUCUUAAACAACUCACCCAUGCAGAUACAUCUAAAGCCCUGAUGUGGCUAAAACAGAAAUACUACGAAAAAGGGAACAAAGCGGAUUCCAUGCUGGCGCCAAGUCUCAAACAACGAAUAAAUAAAGGUACCUCAGUAACACACCAGUGCAUAUUGGUGACAUUUUACAAGACUAUUUUACUUCCUUAUACAAUCACUCCCCAACUGUUCAACACAGAGAGGACACCCGCAACAUCCUAAUGAAAAAGUUCUUGCAAAGUGUCACCAACCCGACCCUAACCCUGGAUGCCAAAAUAGCAAUCGCAACGGAGGUCACGGUGGAGGAGAUGGCGGUUGCCCUUGGGUCCUUUAAGCCCAACAAAAGCCCGGGACCGCACGGCUACACAGCUCUAUAUUACAAAGAAUUUAGCCUCCAUCUUUUGAAACACCUUUCCUCUGUGUUUAACGCCUUGCUGAGAGGGGAAAAGCUCCCCGCAAACAUGAUCACGGCAAACGUAUGCUUACUCCAAGAUACCAACAAGGACCUUACAGAACCCGACCACAACAUACCAAUAUUGUUUCUGAAUGUUGACCUAAAAAUCAUGACCAAAAUCAUGUCCAAUCGACUUACCUAGGUGCACUGAUCCAUCCAGACCAGGUAGGUUUUAUCCCUCACAGAAAGGCCAUGGAUAAUACUUGUAGAAACAUAGAUAUUAUUUGGCUGGCCCAACAUCAUCGGAUCCCUAUGGCGGCCAUAUCACUCGACUCCAAAAAGGCGUUUGAUCGCUUCCUAUGUCUCUUUCUAUAUCAAACCCUUGAAUGUUGAAUAUUUCGUAUUCCCAAAAUUCCUUUCCUUUCUUCAAGCUGCCUAUCACUCCCCACAAGGAGCCGUCCUCCUACCUAAUAUAACCCCACCAAUAUUUCCAAUCACAAAUGGCAUGAGAAAGGGCUGCCCCCUCUCAUCUCUCCUGCUCGCCUUCUCUUUGGAACUUUUUCUGCAGGUGGUGCACUCCAGCUGGGAUAUUGAGGGCAUAAAUGUCAGAGAUUAGCCAUUUAAAGUGUCGGCAUACGCCAAUGACGUAUUGCUAACAAUGACCAACCCUGAAAAUUCGAUUCACUAACUCUCAUCCAGACUUACCCAAAAAUCUCUGGGUAUAAACUCAGUUUUCCAAAAUCAGAUCUCCUGCCAAUACAAAUUAGCAGACCCUGCCUAGACCAAAUAAAAGAAAAGUUCCCCUUCCGAAUAUGUCACUCAACCAUUACCUAUCUGGGAAUACAACUGCCAGCUGACAUAACCACACUAUACGAGAAGAACUACACCCCUCUCUUACACAAAGCCAUUAGACCUAUGCCAUUGGAAGGUGCUGGGACUCAUCUCCUCUGUCAAGAUGAACCGCCUUCCCAGAUUUUUAAAUAUCUUCCAAACACUUCCUAUCCCAUUCUAUAGAUCCGAUUUAAAGGCUCUCCAAUCGACAGUCCCUGUGAAUGUGGGUUCCCAAACCACACCGACCUCUAACCCCACCCACAUUGCCUGCGAGCACACUCCCUAGAUCUAUGGGACAGACUACAGGGAAAAUAUGAGCUUUCCUCAUUCCUAUCUCCUAUGACACCGAUAUGGAGAAAUAAACUUUUCCCACCAGGCCUUACGCAAGAACACUUUCCUCACUUUGAGCAACGGAAAUAUCGAGACUGGGUCACCUGUACCACGAUAAUGCUGUCAUUAAAUAUGCAGGCAUCCCAGAUAAUGCCACACUGACAACCUUUGACCACUUCAGAUAUAUACAGCUACGCAGCUUUGCUGCUACCCCAUCAUCCAACAAGCACUUACUCAUCAUACACCACUCGGAUUCUAACUUAUGCAGGAAACAAUGUGGGGAAACAGGAACGUUCCUUCAUUGUUAGUGGACUUGCCCCAUUUAAAACCCCUAUGGCUUAGCAUCACGACACUACUAACUAGAAUUUUGGAAAAACCUUGCCCCAGGGUCCUCUUACUUUCAAAACCCUUAGAGGCAUUCACCAUGGUGGAUAACAAACUAAUUGCAUGCAUCGCCUUAGCAAUGCGCAGAGCAAUCACAGAAGUAUGGUCCACACUUCACAUUCCAACACACGCUAUAAUUGCAAAUAAAAAAAUGCAGGACAGCAUAAGUAUGGGCAAAUCCAUGACACUGUCAAACAAUUUCACAAAAUUUGGGAUCCUUGGCUGGGUGGAGACAUGUCCCUGCCAUUGUAGAGCCCUAAUAAAUCUGCUGUGCCAAUACGGCUGGAUGCUGGGGGUUGACUCGGUGCAGGGUCGCUGGCCGCUCUGACUUCCAUCCGUGGCCUUUCUACUAUAACAAUUCCUGUCACCGAAAUUCCCAUCAGACCUUACAUAUAAAAAUUGAAACUAAAGAAUAAAAAAAAAAAAAAAGAUUACUUCAAGUAGCAUAACCACUACAGCCUUUUGUAGUAGUGUGAAUCCAGGAGUAACCAUUUUACAAUGGUUUGCUCUCUUCCCUGGGUCCCCGCCAGGCUCUGAGGCUUCCUGCUGCUUUGACAUAUAUCACGCUUCUGCAUUCAUUGUUGUCAUUCUUUGUCGUCAGCUGCCUGCUCUAAGCCAGUGAAUGAAAUACUGUGCAUUGAAAAAUGCACAGAACGUUUGUACCCGGCUGGCUGAUGACACCCCAAUGAUACUUUGAGAGGUGGAGUUACACAUCUGGCACAAAAGGAUGUCAGGUUUUAACAUAAUCAUUGUUAAAUUAUUCACUGUCUCUUUAAAUGUCAGCGUCAUUGUUUUAAAUUGGGCAUUGUAUCUUUAAGUGUCAGGACUCAUGAUUAUGACUUCAUAGUCUAGGCUUUCCUCUGGUUUUUUGCCAGUCCUUUCUAUGUUGUUUGUUUUGCUCAGAAUUUUGUGUUUCCUGUGCUCCUAAUUUUUCUUAUUUUUGAACAGGAUUGCUCUUGACCAUUACUACUUGCUGCCUGCCUUCCCCUUGACUUGCAUACCUUAUAGAAUACUGAUUCUCUGGCGUUUACUGUACUGAAUUAAUAAACAUCUGGGGGGCAAGAGUUUGAGAUCCCUACUUUACAAGUGACUUUUUCACAUUGAAGCUACACACUGGUUGUUUUUUUGUUUUUGUUUUACUGUUCUCAUGCCUCUUAUAUCUUAAUUUUUAGUUUAUUUCUUUAUAAUUAUUAUCUUGUUUCCUUGUGCCUAAUCUCAAUAUGUGGGGCCUCCAUUUUUGUUUUCUUCUGCCUUUUGAUGUCUGAAGUUUGCCCUUCUGUGCGGGAUUCUUAGGUUAGCUAAAUUCCAUUAAUUAGAAAUGAAACUUUUUCUUUCCUCAUUUAUUUCCCUAAUUAAAGGAUCACUAUAGGGUCAGGAACACAAACAUGUAUUCCUGACCCUAUAGUGAAAAUCCACCAUUUAGGUGCCCCCUCAUAAUGGGUCAAAACUCACUUUAUUUUCAGCUCUUCAUGGGUCCGCCGACGCUGGCCACGCCCCCUUAAAGACAUCAUCAAAAUUGCAGAUUUUUUUUUUUAGCCAAUCAAGGGGGCGAGGCUAAAUGCUGUUUUGACCAAUCAGCACCAUGCUGUUUUGACCAAUCAGGUUGAUUCAAUGCAUCUCUAUGAGGAAAAUUCAGUGUCCCCAUGCAGAGCAUGGGGACGCUGAACGGCAGGGCUACUUACUGUGCAGCCCUCAGCCAGGAAGCCCCUCCAGUGGCCAUCUGUGGAGUGGCUACUUGGAGGUGUCCCUAGGGUCAAUGUUAACACUGCCUUUUCUCUGAAAAGGCAGUGUUUACAUAAAAAAAAUGCCUGAAGGGAGCUAUUAUACUCACUAGAACAACUCACCAGAAGGGAGCUAUUAUACUCAUCAGCACAAGCUGUAGUUGUUCUGGUGACUAUAGUGUCCCUUUAAGCUUAGGUGUAUCGAAAUCACUAAAUAAUUAAACCAAGGAGAAGUAGAGGGAUACAUAGUGUUCAUACGUCGCCCUUUUGAUGUAACAAAUCUGUACGUUUUAUUACAGCAUUGGCUAUAAUACAUUGGGUGAGUAACAGGGGACUCCUUUAUCUAUGCAAGAUGCAUAGAUGGUUAUGGUCCUUGUUGUACCUCAUUAGAGGGUUACUCCACACAUCAUGACUAUUUAACUGUUUUGAAGUGGCAUAUAGUGCAAGGACAUGCUGGUAGCACUAACAAAUCCUAUUAAUUAUAACAAAGUAAUGUAAUACAACUUAAAAGCAUAACAAAAAAAAAAGGGUUAACUAAAUGAACAUGGAGAGAGAUGUCCAGAGUCUCUUGAAAUCUGGUGUUUUCACAUGGUCACUGAGGUACAUAAAUUAGUACAAUAAAAAUUUAAGAUCAAAAUAACUGAAUUUUGAUGCUUCUAGUUUAAUUACUUUGUCCUUAAAUUGAAAUGCACUUAUUCUUACUUUAGUGAAUAACUAAGUUUUAGAUCAAGAGACUGAUACAUUGCACAAUAGGCCAUUAUGUAAAAAAAAAGUAUUACGGUAACACAUAAAAAAUAAUAAUGUGAAAGUGCAAUACAACAUCCAAAUAUAGUUGACCAAAAAAAAACACACACAUUUUUGUAAUAGUGGCACACUGGCAUAUACAAUAUUAGGUGCAACUAUAGAAAUGUUAUGGGCACUCAGAAAGCAAGUAGAACAGUGGUUCCCAAACCUUUUAGGGUCAAGGUGCCUUAAUAUUUAAAUAUUUUUCCAAGGCACCCCAAGUCAAAAUUUCUAGGUUGUAUAUCUGUACAGCACUGCGGCAUUUACUGGCGCUAUAGUGUAAUGUACAGUGUUGGUGUUUGAAGGAGUACUUGUAUAUAGUUUUAGUGUUUUAAUAUAGGAGUGUGUUUGUAUGCAAUGUUUGCGUUUGAUUGUGGUGGUGUGUUUGAAUGUGGAUGUACAUUGCUGUGAAGUAUUUUUGUUUGAGUGAGGGGGUGUGUUUGUAUAUUCUUUUAGCGUUUGAAUGCAGGGUGUGUUUGUAUGUAAUAUUUGUGUUAGAUUGCAGGAGUGUGUUUGUAUGUUGUGCUGGUGUAUGACUGCUUGGAUGUAUGCGCAUACACUACCACAUACAUACAUACAUACAUACAUACACAGAUAUACAUACACACAAAUUAAUGUAGACACCGACACAUUAAUGUAACACACGCAUACAUCGACAUACACACACACACACACACAUGCACCCUGACACACACAAACAUUGAUAUGUGCACACACCAUGAUACAGCGACACACACUGACAUAAAAACAUACACAGUGACACACCGGUGCAUAUUCUGACACACAGAUGUGUGCGUACACACAGACACACACUGACACAGAAACACACUGACAAAUAUACACACACAGGUGCACACCCUGACACACACACACACAUGCACACCCUGACAGCCACACUCAUACAUACACACACACACUCAUACAUACACACACACAAAUGAUAUUUGUAAUAUCUCCAGCCACCCUCCUGUUAGCUUACCUUGUGUGUCCAGGAGGGUGGGUCAGAGUCCUUGUCCUCCUGCUCCUGGUGGGAGUGAGGGGUCUGGAGCGCUUUGUGCUACUCUCCCCUCAUGCUGCGGCUGCCUCCUUUCCCUCCUGCACUGUCUCUCUGCAUGACACUAGGAGAAAGUGACAGCAUGUCACUUCCUCCCAUCCAGCCGAAAUUAUAGGUGCCCGGUCGCGGUCUUAAAGGACUGCACACCCGACCAGGCCCUUUUAAGCAGUAAUGUUUCCCUGGUGCUAUAAUCAUAGCACCAGGGAAAGGCGCCGCGGCACACAGUUUGGGAACCGCUGCAUUAGAACAUUUAAAUUCUACUUUCCUUGCUUUGGCAAUAGCAAGGCUUUUAGCAGUACUUCAAAUUCAGUCUCCUGAGUUGUAGGAUCUUUUAAAAAAAAUUAUAUUAAACUUUUUUCAAAGUGGCAGGAUAACAUUUGACCCAACAAGCAAAAUUAAGUAAAAUAAGUAAAUGCAAAAACUAUAUAAAUGUAUUACCUUGCCUCAGAAUGGGUGAACUUAACAUAAAAGAGAAAAAUUGGGAAGUGACACAAAAAUAAACGAAAAUGAUAAGACAAGCCAAAAGGUCAAGGAUACCAGAAUGAGGGAUAGUCGAGAACAAGUGAAAGUCAAAAUAUCAAUAGGAAAACAAGAUGAAUGUAAAUGCAAGGCAACUGUGUGAAGAUAUUGCUGUUGCGGUUCCUGCAGUAAAACCUUCAAUGACACCUGUUGAAGUUUUGGCCUAUGAAGUGAGGAAUGGAUUUGAUCCGAAUGUGGCAAUUGAACUUUGCAUUAUGUUGACAUUGUUAAUCACUGUUGCCACAGGUGGCAAAAGCUUAUGUUCAGCUUUGUGUAACACCGGCCGCGGGUUGCACUUACCUUCUGUGUGUACACGCGCAGUGCUUGGGGACUCCGGCGGCGCUGCUCAGCCUGCUCCGGUUGUGCUUACGUCCGGCAUGAUGUACAACGCUGCGCACCAGAGGCAUUUAAAGGGACAACGGAACCCACUCAGGGUAACAACGCGGAUGUGUGUGUGUCAUCACUUUCACGACACGCAUUCUCCAACGUCAUGUGACCAGAAUUAACCAAACAUCUUGAGGAUAUUUAAACUCCUUUCUCCAAUUCUUCAGUGCCGUGUCGUGGUUUCCACUCGGUCAUCAGAGAUUUCACAUCAGUUAAAACUUUCUGCAAUGCCAUGCAGCACUUCGAGUACCUUUUGCACAUCCUUUAGCUUCUGGAUAUCAUUAAAAAGUGCAAAUACUUGGAAUGUAAUUUAUGGUGGUCAAAUCCCUUGUGGACAGGUUUUAUUGUAGCAUCCAAUAUUGUAAAGAAACAUUCCACUUUAGAUUUAUCUUUAGGAUCUUAUAUAAGAUCAUCUUGACCCUCAUAAGAAAAUAACCUUUUCCCCCCCUCAGCUGGUGCACUAGAGGAGGAGACACAGGAUCUAUUUCCAUUUCCAAUUUUUCAAUACGUUAAAAAAAUAAAAAAUAAAAAAAGAUGCCUUGGUUGAUUCCAACGUUCCACAACGUCUGUACAUCAACUGAAAAACAAUGGUAUAAAAUAUAUACCUAGUAGUGGAGCGCUAUAGGAAUCAACCUGUGUAAGGGUUUCUUUGACACACCCCACAUAUACAGUGUAACAGUGAACUCGAAGGUACAUGAAAAAAAAGAAAGAAACUACACCCUGUUCCAGAUUAUUAUGCAAAUUAUAUUUUUCUCAUUUACCUAAAUAAUUGAUGUAACUAACAGUCAGCAUAAUUCUCAUGUUGUCAACUAUAAAGAGUACAAUUCAAAUUGUAUUGAACAAACCUCCUUAUGAUAACCGUAUUUUUUUUUUUUUUUUAAACAUAACUUACAAUGCACUGUUCCAAAUUAUUACGCACAGUAAGUUUCAAAACACUUUAUAGGUUGUAAAGAACUGAAAAUUGUUAUUUGUUGUGUUUGCAGCAUAUUUACUGAAAUCAAAAGCUAUUUCAAUCAAACUUAUAACAACAUUUUAACUUUUUAAACAUUUUAACAGGUCACGUUACAUUUUAACAUAGGACCUCUUAUUUGAUAGCAGCUUCACAAGUCUUGCAUCCAUUGAACUUGUGAGUUUUUGGACAGUUUCUGCUUGAAUUUGUUUGCAAGAUGUCAGAAUAGCCUUCCAGAGCUGCUGUUUGGAUGUAAACUGCCUCCCACCCUCAUAGAUCUUUUGCUUGAGGAUGCUCUAAAAGUUCUCAAUAGGAUUGAGGUCAGGGGAGGAUGGAGGCCACACCAUGACUUUCUCUCCAUUUAUCCCCAUAGCAGCCAUUGAUGCAGAGGUAUUCUUUGCAGCAUGAGAUGGUGCAUUGUCAUGCAUGAAGAUUAUUACGGAAAGCAUAGUUCUUCCUUCUGUACCAGGGAAGAAAGUGGUCAGUCACAAACUCCACAUACUUUGCAGAGGUCAUCUUUACACCUUCGAGGACCCUAAAGGGGCCGACCAGCUCUCUUCCCAUGAUUCCGGCCCAAAACAUGACUUAACCACCACCGCUUUCCUGACGUCGCAGCCUUGUUGGAACAGGGUGGCCGUCCACCAACCAUCCACUACUCCAUCCAUCUGGACCAUCCACGGUUGCACGGCACUCAUCAGUGAACUGUUUGAAAAUUAGUCUUCAUGUAUGUUUCUGCCCAAUGCAAUGUAUGUUUCUGCCUGUUUCUGCUUGUGAGCAUUGGUUAGUGGUGGCCGAAUAGAAGGUUUAUGCACAGUUGCAAGACUCUGGAGGACUCUACACCUUGUUGUCCGUGGGACUCCAGAGGCACCAGCAGCUUCAAAUAUCUGUUUGCUGCUAUGUAAUGGUAUUUUAGCAGCUGCUCUCUUGAUCCGAUGCAUGGAUCUGGCAGAAAUCUUCCUCAAUGUGCCUUUAUCUGCACAAACCCGUCUGUGCUCUGAAUCAGCCAAAAAUCUCUUAAUAGUGCGAUGAUCACGCUUUAAGUUUUCGUGAAAUAUCUAAUGUUUUCAUACCUUGUCCAAGGCAUUGAACUAUUUCACUCUUUUCGGCAGCAGAGAGAUCCUUUUUCUUCCCCAUAUUGCAUGAAAAUGGUGCUCUGCUUAAUAAUGUGGAACACCCUCCUUUAGUAGUUUUUCCUUAAAUUGGGCUCACCUGGCAAUCUAAUUAUCACAGGUAUCCGAGAUUGUUUUCAAUUAUCAAAAGAGCCCUGAGACACAAUGCCAUCCAUGAGUUAAACUGAAAAACAAAAUAUUUAAUCUUUGUGACACUUAAAUAGAAUUUGCAUAAUCAUUUAUAACUGGGUGUAGUGUAGAUAAUCUAGGAAUGGCAUUCUAUUGUAUAUAAAUAUCUGGAACCAUUCACAUGUUCCGGAGUCUAUAUGAUAUUUGUUCCAUAAAGGGAACCUUUUUGCUUUUAUGGCAGCAACACACCACCGCUCGGUAACGUUUUCCUUUUUUAGAGCCUUCAAGUCCUGGCUCUAAGGGUAAUAAGCAGAGUGGAUCAACGUUUCAGUCCUUGCAGACUCUCUCAUCAGGAUCAUGAUCCUGAUGAAAGUCUGCAAGGACUGAAACGUUGAUCCUGGAUGUUUUAAUCAUUUGUCAUUAAACUUUGGACUUUUACUUCGUGAGUGCAGCCAUUUACUUGAAUUCCUUAUAUAUAUAUAUAUAUAUAUAUAUAUAUAUAUAUAUAUAUAUAUAUAGUUCAAGUAGAGAUUGUAGUCCUAUUAGUCCAGUGAUGUAGAUGUAAAAAACAGAUAAUAUUCGUAUCUUGUAAUACUUUUUUUAUUUAGACUAGCAUCAUUUUUUAAUGACAAGCUUUAGGGAGAACUUCCCUUUCUCGAGUCUAAAGCAUUUCUGAGCAAAACGUAUACAUAGAAUUCAAAGUUGAGUUGUGAUACAGGGGUUAAAGCGACAUGAGUGUAGAUAAGACACAGGUUUACUAGAAAAUAGGCACCAUUCUCAUAGAGGGUUGUAAAUAUCUUGUGUGAAGAUCAACCUCCCCCCCCCCCCGGUUCGGCUCUUUCAAGGUGCAUAGAUGCUUUUUUCACUCGUAUGACUUCAUAUGAAACGUGUGAUGUAUUGGGGUAGAAACGGGCGAACAGCUGUAUAAGCAUAGGCUAUUUGAACGAUUUUACCAGAUUGCUUGUCUCCAGCAUUUUGCUGUUGAAUGUUUGUAUGUUACUUCAAGACCGGUGCCCCCUAUUGGUUAAGAAAUAUAUUACUGUUAGAUUAUAAUUAACUCAUGGUUAUUCCUAUUCAUAUAAAUAGCAAUUAUAUUUCUGGUAUAUCAAACCUGUUAUUUGGCUGACAUGUCAUGUCCUUUUGAUGUUCUACCCGCAGGUGCAUUGCAGAACUAAUAGAGGAAUUGUUCCUGUUUCUGUCAACUUCCCUAUACUGUCAAUUUAGGUUGGUAAAACUGGUAUAAACUUGGCUUAUUUAGAUAAUGCCUCCUGGUUUUUUGUUAAUAUCUUGAUAUUUCCGUAUGUGUCAAUUUCUGACCAGACUGUUUUCAUUACACAAGGUUCUUCCAUUUUGUGGUAGCCUUCGCCAAAUUCUCCCCUUGUUCCUAGGAUUUGAAUCUAUAUAUAGAUACACUGAACAAAAUUAUAAACGCAACACUUCUGUUUUCGCCCUCAUUUUUCAUGAGCUGAACUCAAAGAUCUAUGACUUUUUCUAUGUACACAAAAGGUAUAUAUACAUAUCUCACAUACUCAGAUACGGUAUUACGUUUCCAUUUUAGGUUUAAUUAUGCAUCCACUCCUAUCCUCCUUCCCCUAAUUUCUACUAAGAAUCAUCAUUUCUGAUUCUAACUGUCAUAGGUACGACAAUUACAAUCCCUAUUUUUAGCCCCUAUUAGCAGACAGUACUGGCUAUCAGGGAUUUAGGUUGUCCAAAUAGGUUAUGUUUCUGGUCUCCUGCCAUACACUAGUGGCCCUGCCAGGCCGACACCCAUCCUCAUACUCUAAGGUAUUCGCCCAUCGAUCAAAACAUAGCUAUUCGCCUCGCAUGGUUGCAUAGAGAGGGCCUCACCUGUCACUCCCAUACUAUCUUCUGCUUUAAUUAUCACUGAGAGGCCUACACCCUACCACAACCUCAAAUCUCCUCGGGCCAACACAUAGCUAGAGCCUGUCAAGCCACUUGGCACUUAGCAGAGCCUCACCUGUCACGUUGUAUUAGUAUAAUUUAUCGCUGCUUGGCAUUAGCUAGCCAGCCAAUAUGACUUAUUACUGAUGGUGAUUUUAUAUAUAUAUAUAUAUAUAUAUAUAUAUAUUUUUCAGUAUGUGUCACUGUAGUUGUCAAGCUCAUUUGUUGUUGUAGAGAGCUUUCAACAAAAGCAAAACAUCUUGUUCAGUUUAGAGAAUAAAUAAGAUAGAUUUUAAAAUGCACCAUUACCAACUCAUCUAUAGUGGGUUGUUGAAUACCAUCUCUUGGGGGCAUCUUGAAUCAAUGCUUUCCUGGCUGCUCACUUUUGUAAAAAAGACCCCCCCCCCCACUAUUCUAAUAAAGUGCCCCUUAGUGUGGCACUUAUAAAAAUAAAUAACUGGGGGGACAGAGUGCCCCCCGAGCCCCCACUCAUGCACUGUGAGCAGCGGCUGGGGGCCCUAAGAUACAAUAGAGGGGGCCUACUUCCUCCCCCUGGCGGCCACCCAUGAGCAGUGGGUGGGAGACUAAGUUACAGUAGGGCGGACCUAUUGUCUCAGCGGCGAGGGGGGCACUAAAUGACAAUUCCCAUCAAACUUAUAAAAUAAAAUAAAAACUCAAGCACAAAACAAAAAAAAACAAGCCGAAAAUAUAUUAUAAAGUCUUCCCACGCCCUGCAAUUUGACUCAGAGUUCUCUGAUUGGUUGGUUUAGGCCAACCGAUAAGAGUGCUCUGAUAGGUAAAUCUUAAGUCUUGCCUGAUUGGUUACUUGCAAGACUAAUAAUCUGUUCAUGGGGAAAUAAUCUCAUUGAGGGUUGGCACGUGCAUGCACUUUUACAGCAUUCUGAUCUUAGAUUUGAGAAGUACGUAUGCAAAGGGAAGGCAGGUGCACUCUACUUGAGCGUGCCUGCCACUUCCGUUCCGUUAGCUAAGCGUAGCUAAAAGAAGCAGGAAGAACCUCCAUGGCCAGGGGGCAUUUAAUUUUUAUUAUAACAUUUUUUUUUUUUUAAUCUGUAAUUUUUAUUAUAAAUAUUAAAGUGCCUUUGAAAUGGGAUACUCUUUAUCCAUUAAGCACUUCAGCAAGCUCAAGUUCUUUAUGGGUGCGAAGUAGUCCUUUUAAAGUUCCUGCAUUUUCUUUUCCUGCAGCAAUUGUAAAUUGAAAGUUUUCAGAUUGGGCAAAACGGGUAAGCGGAGUGUCUCAGGGUUCUUUCCUGGGUUCGCUUUUCUUUAACCUAUUUCUAAGUGAUCUUGUGUCAGCGUUUGCAGAUGAUUCAAAACUAGGUAAGAAAAUAGUCUGAACAAGAAAUAACUUAUCUACAGAGGGAUUUAGAUAAAUUGAGGGACUGGGCAGGCAAGUGGCAGAUGAUUUUCAAUACAGAUAAAUACAAAGUCAUGCAUUUUGUACUAUGGUGGGAUGACGGGUUGUAGUCUAGUGACAGGGGAUGUGGUGGAUUGACAGGGACUAUAGUUGGAUGACGGACUAUACUGGGUGACACUGACAGGGGCUGUAUAAAUGUUUCUCACACCCCUCCUUGAGGCUUAUUUUAGACCAGGGAGUGGGGAUUCCGGUUCCCUUGUGCAGGGCCGCCAUCAGGGCAUGAUAACUAUAAUGGUUGUCAUGGGCCCGGCGGUCCUGGGGGGGCCAGAAUGCUCUGGCAGUCUGAGCCCCACAUUCCUUAUGUGCACAGAUAUAUAGCGAAUUUCGCUAGAUAUCUGUACACUGAGGGUCCCCUUACCGGUAAAUUGCAGAGUGGGGCCCAGCAGCACACUCUGUCCUCCUUCCAGCUCCUCUCUUUCUAACUCUCCUGCGGCCGCCAGAGCGUUGCCACGGGUUACCAUGGCAACGCUCCGCACAGCACGCAGGCCGGUCUCGCGAGAGUUCAUCAUUGACGAACUGGAAAGGAAGGCAGUGUGUGCUGCUGGGCCCCCUUCUGCAAUGUAAUGCGGCUGGCUCUCUCCACCGGACCACCAAGCAAUGCGAUAUCCCCCCUCCCUGGCAAGGUAAGAACCGGGGGGGGGGUGGGGGAUAAAAUUUACAUUUUAAAUAUACACAAAUAUAUAUAUAUAUAUAUAUAUAUUUUUAAAUACUCCCCUCCCCCCUACUUUACACAAACACUGCAUCCUUACAAGCACACACACACUACAUUCACUAAACACACACACUACAUUCACUGAACACACUCUGCACUACACACACUACAUUCACUAAACACACUCUGCACUACACACACACUACGUUCACUAAACACACUCUGCACUACACACACACUUAAUUUACUAAACACACUGCACUACACACACACUACAUUCACUGAACACACUCUGCACUACACACACACUACAUUCACUGAACACACUCUGCACUACACACACACUACAUUCACUAAACACACUGCACUACACACACUUCAUUUACUAAACACACUGUGCACUACACACACACUACAUUCACUAAACACACUAUGCACUAAACACACUCACCACAUUCACUAAACACACUCUGCACUACACACACUACAUUCACUAAACACACUGCACUACACACACUACAUUCACUAUACACACGUUGCACUCACUACAAACACCACAAUCACACUACAUUCACCAUACACAUUUUGCAUUCACCACAAUCACACUACAUUCACCAUACACAUUUUGCAUUCACUACAUGAACUAUACACAUUUUGUAUUCACUACAACCACACUACACGAACUAUACACAUUUUGCACUCACUACAAUCACACUACACGAACUAUACACAUUUUGCACUCACUACAAUCACACUACAUGAACUAUAUACAUUUUGCACUCACUACAAUCACACUACACAAACUACACACAUUUUGCACUCACUACAAUCACACUACACAAACUAUACACAUUUUGCACUCACUACAAUCACACUACACAAACUAUACACAUUUUGCACUCACUACAAUCACACUACACAAACUAUACACAUUUUGCACUCACUACAAUUACACUACACAAACUAUACACAUUUUGCACUCACUACAAUCACACUACACAAACUAUACACAUUUUGCACUCACUACAAUCACACUACACGAACUAUACACAUUUUGCACUCACUACAAUCACACUACAUGAACUAUACACAUUUUGCACUCACUACAAUCACUAUACAUACUUUGCACUCGCUGCAAACACACUACAUUCACUAUACACAUAUUGCAUUCACCACAAUCACACUUUGCACUCACUACAAACAAACUACAUCCACUACAAAAAUACACACUGAAUUCACUGUACACACACUCUCCAUUCACUGUGCACAUACUACAUCCACUACAAAAACGCACUCUGCAUUCACUAUACACACACCUACAUUCACUACACACACACUCUACAUCUAAUGCAUGCAUAGAAACAUUACAUACAUUACACAAAACGUACAAUCUGCAUCCACUAUACACACUGCAUCCAUGACACUCAUUCUACAUCCACUAUACAUAUACACACACACACACACACACACUUCAUCCUUGUGGGCGGUUUCGGGGCUGGCCCAGAUCUUGAGCUGUGUCAGGGGCCCUAAAAUUUCUGAUGGCGGCCCUGCCCUUGUGGUCCAGUGGGAAUGUAGCAUGUCUGCACAGCCAGUAGGUGCAGAUUGCUCCUUAUGGUUGGUGCUGGGAAAUGUAUCAGAGCAUUGCCGUGACAACAACACGGCAAAGUUCCGAUAUAGUACAGGUGACAAUAGUUAAAGGGACACUAUAGUCACCACAACAACUACAGCUUAAUGUAGUUGUUCUGGUGAGUAUAAUCAUUGCCUUCAGGCAUUUUCAUGCAAACACUGCCUUUUCAAAGAAAAGGCAGUGUUUACAUUGCCCCUAUUCUCCAAGUGGGAAAGCAUUGGAGUGCCUAAAAAGCUGCAAUUCUGAUGUCAUCAAGGAGGCGGAUCAGGGGCGGGGCCAGCACCGGCAAACCUGCACGGCGCUGGAAAUAAGGCCAGUUUUAAUUGUUUUUAAGGGUGCUGAAGGGGGGAGGCAAGCCACCGAAAUGAUGGGUUUAACACUAUAGGGUCCAGAAUACAUGUUUGUAUUCUGACCUUAUAGAGUACCUUCAUGGUAUUUAGUAAAAUGUUGAGAUGAAUGAAAGCUAUUGAGUUAAAUAUAUUAUGUAACAGUUAUUGUGCAAUGUGUCUUGGUGCUGGGCAGAUAAUUUAAUGAUUGUGUCCUCACUCAAUUAUGUCCCAGACACCAAUACACCAGGGAGUGGUUUGCAUUGUUCUGGCUGAAGACCCCCUAUUGUGUGUAGGGGAAUACAGACCUGGUUGUCCCUGAAAUAAACAGUUCUCUUGUUUUACCCAAUACGACAUAGUCUUGUCCACUAUAUUAGGGAAUUUUACAAGGUUCCAGAGGGCUAUAAUCACUGUAUGCUGUAGCUGAAUCCAGGACCAGCGGAGGAUUAGAGAAGCGAUGACCAAGGGACACUAAGAGACUUUGCUACUCGUGACAUUUACAUUGUCCACACUCAGACCCUUUUUCCCUCUCCUCUUUACCUGGAUAUUUGUUCUUGGUGUCACUCAAGAUUUUAUCUUGUGAUCGUGUUAUUGUAAUAUUGGAUAGGUUUUUGGUGACCUUUUUAUACCAGUUUUUAGAGCAAUAUUUAGUGGGUAAUUCCCUUAGUUUUAAACUUGUCACCUAAGGGCUGGGGGAUUUUUUUCUUUUAUACUCCGUGGUGACUUUGUCCUUAUAUUAAUAUAUAUUCCUCACUUUCCAGUGAACAUCUAAAAUCGCAGUUUAAUUCUGCAUGAGCCCCACACCAUACCCAAUCUCAGGACACAAACCUGAAACAAAUAGUGUUUUGCUUUGGCUUUUUUUUUAAAUGUUGGGAGGUAUUUUGUCUCUUCCAGUGAUAUUGGGUUCAACAGGACCUGAAACUGCUCACCACUUUGUCAUUUAAUUUUAUACAGUAUUUUAGAAUUUGUAAGUGGCAUAUAAAUAAAUAAUUAUUCAAGUGGUCAAACUACACCCUUGUCUGCAGACUUUUGACUCUUAUGGUGGUAUACAAGAAUUAUUUCUCAGGACUCUGGGUGGUAUUAUUGUUCAGGGCCGCCAUCAGAAAUUUUGGGGCCCCUAACACAGCUCAAGGUCUGGGCCCCCCUUCAAGCCCGCCCACAGGGCCCACCUCCAAAUCCCGCCCACACUAACAGAUACAAAUACUGAAACAGACAUACACACAUGCAUAGGGAGAUACUGACACAACCAUGCAGACAUACAUACUGACAAACAUAUAUAUAUAUAUAUAUAUAUAUAUAUAUAUACAUACUGCAUACUGAUAUAUACAUACAUACAUACUUACUGACAGGCAUACAUACAUACACACACACACUGGCAUACAUACACUGGCAUACAUACAUAUUUACAGUCUCCGAAAUAACCUACCAGCCAAUGCUUUCUCUGAGUGAGGAGCGGAAAGAUACCUCCUAUGAUCAGCAGGGUUAACUCCAGCAGUUAAACAAUGGACAUGGCAUCUUGGCACUUUGGUAUAUCAGCUGCUGGGUCUAGGAAUACAAAUAUAACAUCAUUUUAAAAAAUAAUGUCCAUCAGUUGCAUAGUCAGAUAGCGUUUUGGAAGAUUUAUAGCCAGCUUUGUUUUGUAUCCAUCUGUACAAAGGGUAAUACAUUUCUAUAUAUACACUGGCAUACACACACACACACUGGCAUACACAUACACUGGCAUACAUAUAUACACUGGCAUACAUACAUACACUGGCAUACACACAUACACUGGCAUACAUACAUACACUUGCAUACAUAGAUACCCUAGCAAACACAUACACUGGCAUACAUACAUACACUGGCAAACACAUACACUGGCAUACAUACACCUCAUUUUCAGCCACCCUCCUCUCUUCCUUACCAUUUCGUCGCAGGAGGGUGACUGUCGGCUGCCUCUCCUCACGGCCUUUCUCUCUGCCUUCCCGCGCAGAGUAAAGUGGGAGGAAGUGACCGGACGUCACUUCCUCCCAGCAGCACUUGCUUCCGGCUGCAUUUUCCGCUAUUACAGCGCUGGCCAGGCCCCUGAAGAUAAUAGAGCCCAUUGGGUGGCCCUAAAUGCUUGGGCCACCUGGUGGGCCCCCAUUAGCGUGUGGGCCCCGGUGCAGAUGCACCGGCGGCAGUCCUGCUGAUACACGUGGGGCCUGGGCGGCCGGGCCCCCCUGGACCGCCGGGCUCGUGACAAUUGUCACGGUUGUCAUGCCCUGAUGGCGGCCCUGUUAUUGUUAUUCCAUUGAUUUGUGUAUUAUUUUUCUUUUUUAAUGGACUCUUUAGACACUGUAACUGCUUCAUCUUAUUGAAGCGAUUAUAGUGUCUAAAGUCCCCUGGUGUUGUCUUUCCAUUUAGCAUUUAACCAUUUUUAAAGGGACACUAUAGGGCACCCAGACCACUUCAGCUCAUUGAAGUGGUUUGGGUGCAUAGUCGCAGGUCCCUUAACCCUGCAUAGGUAAUUAUUGCAGUUUUUUUAUAAACUUCAAUAAUUACCUUUGAGGGUUAGCAUCCACCUCUAGUGGCUGUCUUCCAGAAUAAGCAUAUAUCUGUUUUUGCUGCAAUGCAUUAACUUGAUUCUCCCCAAGUUAAAAAGGGGUUGAAACAAUUGUCUGGGGUUGCUGUAGCCAGGGGCGUUUUAGCCGCGAGGCAAACAAGGCAUUUGCCUUGGGCGGCAUUUUUCAGGGGGCGGCAAAAAAGCCGCCCCCCAAAUGCCCAGGCAAAUGCUUUGUUAGCCUCACGGCUAACUGACCGGCUGGGCUGGCGGGCGGCGCUGGGCAGGCGGCUGGCGAGGGAGCUCUUCCCCUGAGCGGUCCGCUCAGCUCCCUCGCGCGCCGCAGAGUGAGGCUGGGAACCGGAAGAUGACGUCAUCUUCUGGCUCCCAGCCUCACUUUGCGGCGCGCGAGGGAGCUGAGCAGACCGCUCAGGGGAAGAGCUCCCUCGCCAGCCGCCUGCCUAGCCCAGCCGGCAUCCACUGGACCACCAGGGAGGUAAUGAACCCCUCCCCCCCAGCACUCCCAAAGGUAAGGGGGGGGGCUAAAUAAAAAUAAAUAAAAAAAUGUGUUAAUGUGAGUGAGUGAGUGAGUGUCUGUUAAUGUGUGUGUGUUUUGUUAGUGUGUGUCUGACUGUGUCUGUUAGUGUGUAUGUGUGUGUGUCUGACUGUGUGUCAGUGAGUGUGUGUUUGCCUGUGUGUGUGUGUGUCUGUUAAUGUGUGUGUGUUUGUUAGUGUGUGUGUGUGUGUGUCUGCUAGUGAGUGAGUGUGUCUGUUUGUGUGUGUCUGACUAUGUUUGUCUGUUAGUGUGUCAGUGAGUGUGUGUGUGUCUGACUGUGUGAGUGUGUUUGCCUGUGAGUGUGUUUGCCUGUGAGUGUGUGUGUGUUAGUGAGUGUAUGUCUGUUAGUGAGUGUGAGUGUGUCUGUUAGUGUGUGUGUGUGUUUCUGUUAGCGAGUGUAUGCAUAUCUGUCAGUGAAUGUGUGUGUGUGUAUUUAGAAGGCGGGGGGGGGUUGGUGCAGGGGGGGUUGGCGCGGGGGGAGGGGAGGGGCGCCUGCGUUUUGUCCUGCCUAGGGCAGCACAAAACCAGGAUACACCACUGGCUGUAGCUCUGAUGCAGAGAGAACUUGCUGUCAUUUUGCUUCAGGACUGUCCUCACGGGUGGGAUCAGUCUUAUAUGCUAUGGAAUAUGUUCUCUCUGUAAUGGCACAAGUGAGCAAAAAAUAUUUUGAGGCCUUAGCGGGGAUUUACUGAAGGUCAAGCUACUCAGUUUCUCUAAGCUUUUUUCAGUUCUUAGAGUUCUCAUAUUCUGUUUUUGUUGCUAAGCACUAAACAAUGUAAAAAUUAUAAAAUGUGCAUGAUUACUUUUUUUUGUGACAUUUUUAUUUUUGGUGAUACUUGAUGUUCAUAAAGUUGUCAAUGUUACGUAAAGAUAGCGGAUUAUACAGUAACACAGAGAUAUCAUCAAAGAUAACAUUAUGUCAGAUAAUCAGCACCAUUUUAAAACCUAACAAUAGAUAGUCUAAAAGAACUCAAGAUAUGGGUUGAAAACAGGACAGUCUUGUUGAGGUUCUGGGCAGAUGCUGAGUCAGUUAGCUUACUAGCAGUUAAGAAGCACACGAGCAAAUUCUAAACAUGUAGUAAGGUAUAAGAGGGAUAGCCAGAAAUUGCAUGAUUUUGCUAUUACAUGACGACCAAUAGCAGCAAAGAAUACAAACAGAAUGAAAAAAUAAUGAACAUACAGUAACAUAGGCCCCUCGCCGCUCAGGUUCCAGUAUUUCCCUUCCAUUUCUCUCUUUCUGAAGAUGCAACACUACAAAAUAACGUCAAUAACCAAGAACAGCGAUAAUGUCCAAUGAGGAGACAACGCAGAACUUUUUCGCCAAGAAGAGGAUAACACUUAAACAACAGGGAAGCACAAAUGGAUGAUCGUAGAACCAAACUCUAUCAGCGGGGGGAGUCCUCACAAGCUGAAGCAUGGCAUUCCACCGGGUCGGAUCAGGCUGUGAAAACAUAAAGGAACAGGAGCCCACAGGUUAAAGUCGAUACUUGCAACCAAUUUCAAGGCCAGACGAUGCAAAGCCCCACAUAUAUCUGCAGUCCCACAAUUCAUAGUGAUUAAAACAAGUCAAGGUACAUAAUCAACCCCGUUACGACACAGUCCCCACUUACCAUACCAAACCAUUCGAUGUAUCUUGUCUAAACAUACAAUAAACUGGGUGGGAAAUAAAAACAUAACAUGAGAAAUAUAACAUGGGUGGGACAAUAGUCGCCUCUGUGUCUUUAAUAAAAUCAUGACUUUUCAUCAUGUAAUAGCAAAAUCAUAUAAAACACAAUAAAAGAAAGGAAAAAUAUUGAUAAAAAAUGCUUGAAAUCACCAAGUGUGAGUCACUCCAAAUCACACAGAGAAUAUAUAACAGAAUGAGAUAAAUAGCAUGGUGAGAGCAAAUUGUAUAUACCAAGUAUAAAACACACAGGAUUAAAACAUGCAAUGAUACCAUUAAUCUUGAGCUUUUCUAGAUAAAUGUCCUAGAAAUAUAAAAUACAAAGCAUACUAUAGCCUGUAUGUAAUAAACAAAUCUACUUAAAUAUAAAAUUGCCCACUCACGUGGUACUGAGCUGUAGAGAGUGGCUCAGACUACAAGCGCCUUUUAAAAUAUUCUGGAGACCGCAAUGCUGGAAAACAGGUCAGGAUGUUCACUGGAAAGAUUUCCCCUUGUAUAAUAUUGAUAAAUACCAGGUAGAAAAAUACAGGAACAAAACACCUUUAUUUGCAGAAAUAGCAUAAAAUGAAGUGAAAUAUAUUUGGAGAUUCCAUUUUAUGCUAUUUAUGCAAAUAAAGGUUUCUUGUUCCUGUAUUUUUCUACCUGGUAUUUAUCAAUAUUAUAGGCAUACAUACACUGGCAUACAUACAUACACUGGCAAACACAUACACUGGCAUACAUACAUACACUGGAAACUCGGGUAGGACACCGAUUUGAUAGACGUUUUUGUUCGUCGACUGAUGUUGAACGUUACCCCAUCUGGGGUGUAUGAUCUGGUGUCAAAGUCCAGAGCUCUGACGUCCGAGACCCUCUUGCAGGAGACAAGGCAGAGCAGGCAAACUAACUUGGCUGAUAAUUGUUUUAAGGAGAGUGCGGAGUUAGCGGGCCAGGAUGAGAGAAAAGACAACACAACUGAGAAAUCCCAGGUGGUCGGGAGAAUUGAGAGCCCUUGAGGAGUCGAUACACUAAGGGGUGUUGCCCCGCGGGACAUCGUCAAAGCCUUGAUGAGUCGAAGAGAUGGCAGACCGGUAGAGAUUGAUAGUCCGGUAAGCUUUCCCCGCUUCAAAGAGGGAAGUCAGAAAUUGCAGGACCAUGGUUACAGGAGCUGAAACAGGAUCCGCGUCCCUAGCCAGGCACCAACCAGCCCAAGCUCGCCAAACUGACCCAUAUACCCGUCUACUGCCGGGAGCCCAAGCUUCUGCCAAAAGUCGUCUAGUUGUUUCUGAAACUCCCUGGAUCUCCCAGGGUCCCCAGAGAUCCGCCACGCCAGGAGCGGAAGGGAGCUUUCCAACAGGAGGGGGUGACAUCGUCCCAUCGGGUCCAGCAGCAGUUCGUGAAACGACGGCAGUAGUCGGGGAUAGUCCAUUGUCAUCUCGAGCAUUUGAGGGAACCAUGACUGCAUCUCCCAGAAGGGGGUCACCAUGACCAACUCGGCCCGGUGUCUGCGGGUUUGCAGGAGUGAGCAUGGAAUCAUGGAGAAUGCAGGAAGGCGUCUACUGCCUCUGCUGUCCGAUCUGGCCUCCAGCUGAAGAAACGUGACAGUUGAGUGUUGAGCCGGGAUGCGAAGAGGUCGAUGGCAAAGGGACCCCAGAGAGAUGAUAUACUGGAGAACACGUCCGUGUCCAAUCUCCAGUCCGAAAGAUAUCAUGACCCCCAGUCCGCUUGAACGUUGUGCAGGCCAGGUAAGUAUUCCGCGUAAACCAUCAGGUUCUGUUCCAGGCAAAACUCCCAAAAGUCUUUCGCCAAUCUGGCCAAGACUGCAGACUGUGUACCGCCCAGGUGGUUGACAUAUCUCACUGUUGAGACAUUGUCCAUGCGGAGGCGGAUACAUGCAGGGCCCAGUCCCUCGUGAAACUGCGAAUGGUGAUGGAGCCUGCCAGGAGCUCCAGCGCGUUGAUGUGUAGCUGGGAUUCGGAUUCCGACCAGCGGCCUCCUGUGGAAACUCCCUCGCAACCGGCCCCCCAGCCAUGGAGGCUCGCAUCGGAGUCGAUGGUGAAUUCUGGCAGCAAGCCGAAGAUCGCUUUGCCGUUCCAUACGUACAGGUUGAUCCACCAUCAUAAUUCGUCAUUCGUUUCGCUGUUCAGGGACACCAGAUCCGCGUAGGAUGCACCGGCCCUUAGGUGCGCUAUUUUCAGGCGCCGCAGCGCUCGGUAGUGGAGCGGGCCCGGAAAUAUUGCCUGUAUAGAUGAGGCCAGUAGGCCGAUGAGCCGUGCAAGGUGAGCUGGGGCCGGAUGAUGGCUCUGCGAAGCUCUUUGCGGAUAGAUCGAAUCUUGGUAAUUGGCAGGCACAGCGUCGUCUCCCCCGAGUCCACGAGGAACCCUAGGAAUUCCAUGUGAGUGGCGGGGGUUAGGCACAACUUUUCCCAGUUGAUAAUGAAUCCCAAGCGGGAAAGGUGGUUUAUGGCCAACCGUAGGUGUGUAAGGAGAGUGGAGCGCUCUUGAGCCAUGAGUAGGAUAUCGUCUAGGUAUAUGAUUAGACGAACCCCCCGACUGCGCAACCAGGCCAUCGCUGGUUGCAGCAGUUUCGUGAAGCACCACGGUGCUGAGGAGAGGCCAAAGGGCAGGCAGGUAAAUCGCCAAAUCUUGUGCCGCCAGUGGAAGCACAGGGGGUCUCGGGACAUCACCGCAAUCAGUACAGUCAGGUAUGCGCCUUUGAGAUCUAGCUUUGCUAACCAGUCUCCAUGUAGGAGAAGAUCUCAUCGCAGGUAAAUACCCUCCAUCUUGAAAUGGCAGUACCGAACCAUGGCAUUGAGGGGGCGCAGAUUUAUGACGGGUCUCAUUUGUCCGCCUUUCUUUUCCACCAGGAAAAUGUUGCUUAUGACACCUGCAGGGUUGUGAGGUGCCUGUUCUAUUGCCCCUUUGACAAGGAGGUUGGAGAGUUCUUUAUCGAUCAAUCUGCGAUCCCGUAGUGAGAACUCACCGUAAGGUCGUCUGGAACUGGAGUUGCCCUGGAAACCUCUGGAUCGCCACUGGCGUCCAUGUGACGGGAAGAAAGUAUUAGUCUCCUGGUAGUUAGCACGUUGCUGGAAGGCAUGGGAUUGGAAGUAGGUACGGCCGGACAGACGGCUCCUGAAUCUGCUGGCCCUGGUGGAGACCCGCCCCUUGAAUACCCGUCUCAUGGAGGCUUGGGCCUUGUCAAGGGCUGUAAAUGCCCCAACGAAACGCCCUAAGUCUUUAAUAAAGGAAUCGCCGAAGAGUAAGCCUUGGGCGUCUUUACCAGCUUCUGUGAGGGCAAGAUUGGCCAGCUUUGGUUCAAUCUUAAACAAGAUAGCUUUACGCCGUUCUAUAGAGAGGGAGGUGUUCACGCUCCCGGCAAUACAAAUUGCUCUCUGGACCCAACCACGUAGGUCUUCAGGGUCAACCAUGCGGUUCCCCGCUCUGGCGUCUUCCGCCAAGUCAAACAAUUUGGCCAGGGGACCGAAAAUAUCCAGGUGUUUAUCCUGGCAAGAUUUCAAGGCAGAGUCUUACCCUUUACGGGGUUCCAGCCCAGUUUAGUGAGGAACUGAGUCAUUUUGGGGUCUACCUCAGGAGUGUCACAUACUUUAUUGGGCACCACAGGCCUGGGUCACUCCGCCCUCAAUUUGUUACGUGCCGCUUUUCUAAGAGGGCGCCGUACCCAAUUCUCAAGGUACGUGGCAACGUGGUCGGCCAGGAGCCACUCUGCCGACCUCGGAUGGUGUAGGUCAUCCGGGUCGAAGAAUGGGACACCCAACGGAUCCACGAGGGCGGACCCCGCAGCUGCGGGGUGCCUAGUCCCUGUAUCGCCUCCGGUCGUCUCUGCCUGAGCAGAGGGAAGGAGGUCAAAGCCCACAUCUGCGGCAUCCAUAUCAGAGUCACUGUCCUACUCAAUCUUAGCCUCCUCACCUGACCUGAUAUCUGAGUCGGAGUUGCUCUCUAACUGUGCUCUGGCACAUUUCCAUAGCCGCGCCCGUUCUGCCUGGCGUGGAAAGGCUCUUUUGCUUGGAUGGGACACGCUUUCUGGGGCAACCGUAGGUACGCCAGUCAUAGAAUUUCUGGAGGCAGAGGGAUGUUUAGACUUAUGGGUAGCCUUUCUGGGUGCCUCUCCCGGCGGGUCCACAGCAGGACGCGAUAGUGGUGUUGUGGAGCCCGAGAAAUGCUCAUCCGAAGGACGUGGCAAUAGUGUGGGAGAGGGUAGAUGACAUGGACCCCAUGGCUGCCAUAAUGGCGUCUGUCACUGAGCACUGUAGCGCUAGAAUUGUGCCCCUUCAGGGUGGAUGGUUCUGUCUACCAGGGUGGGUGGAGUGCCCGAGGUGACAGGGGUCUCACCCAAAUUAAAUGGGGCAUCAGUCUCCCCAGACGGUAGGGAUCCAAAAGGUAGUCUGGGUUUAGGCAUAAUGGAGAAUAAAAGAGGACCUAAUCCCUAAUUAGAUUAUCAGAAUAGUAUGGGUUAGUCACCCAAAACUAAAAGCAAUAAGUAUAAGAGAGAUCUCACCAGGGCCCAGACCAGUGGCACAUGCACACACAAGGUAGGGAGGAAGACAGGAAGUCAGAAAAUGGCCGCCGGCAAUCUCGCAACAUUCGCAGCAAAAUACUGUGAAAUUCGCUAAGUUAAAGAACCUAACGUUCGGCAGAAAAGAAACGAAUUCGUGGAAAUAGACUGAUAUAAGAAAGAGGAGAAAAAGCAAACGAACGAGCAGUUCGUGCAAAAAUUAGUCGAAUGCGGCAAACAGGCGAAUGGUGCUAUCUGCCAGGAAAAAAGCGAACAGCAUGUGUUCGUGAUGAAUCAGCCGAACGGGCUUAAUUCGUGAACGAAAAACAGCCGAACAAAGCAGAGAACGGGCGCAAAAGGACGCCAAAGGGACAGGGAGAGGUAACAGCAAGACGGAGAUAAGGAAAAUCACAAGGACAGGGUCAAGUGAAAAGGGGGGUAAUAAACAAAAAUAUAACAGGGGAGGUCUGGACCCUGGGUUCACAGAAAAAACACACGGAUGUGUAGCAUCAAACAAGCAGAAAAAACUAAUAAUAAAAAAUCUCUAAUAAAAUAGAAGACAAUACAAGAAUCAAUAUCAGAUAAACCUAUACGGUGUAAUACAAGGAUAUCGAUAAUAAUAUCAAUAGCAGGUAAUAAACAAGUAAAUCAGAGAGAAGAUGUGUACUUAUCUUUGUAUCAGAGCAGCAAAGAAAGAGGGAAAUUGAAGGAAAGUGCUGCCUAUUCUACUGGGACCUGAGCGGGGAGGGGCCUAUGUUACUGUAUGUUCAUUAUAUUUUCAUUCUGUUUGUAUUCUUUGCUGCUAUUGGUGGACAGUAAAGAAAGGGAUAUGCCAUAUGAGCCUCCGUGUCUUGUUAUAAAAUUGGUGUGCUGAACUAUCAGGGUAGUCACAUAGUUGAGUGUAGCUAGGGGCUCAGGCAUUUGAGCUUGUCUCAUAUGAGAGUACCCCAACCAAGGAAGUGACAUGGGGUAGAGGGGGGGAAAAUAAGGGUGCUUGCCACAAUUACAUAUGGUCCAGUGGAUGCUCAUUGGAACUAGCCGUCUGCAGUACUCCAGGAGUUUCAUGAGUGUAGGUCAGGUAUCGUUGGAAUUUAGUCGGUUGGGCUAUUGAGCAAUGGUACAUAAAAAUAAGCGCAAGAGCUGAAAAAAACCCCAUACAAAACAAAGAAAACAACAUUGAGCAGACAUCCGAUUAAUGAUCAUCGGGAACACCAAGAGUAGUCAGGUGGUCAGUGAGGUUUCUUCUCCAGUUCUUGGAACAAAGGAUACUAUGUUUGCAGGGUCCCAAACACUUGAUGUCACCUGGUUGGUUGAAGUAGGUGCAGACAUUGAAAGUCCCAAAGCCAUCAGCAAAUUCAGUGCCUCUGAUACUGAGCUAAGUUUUAGCACUGUCCCACUAUUUGUCAGCAGAGAUCGUGGUGUCUCCCCAUCUGUAGGCAAAGCCAGCAGAGCAUAACUGGAGCAUGAGGGUGCGAAGGGACUUACGCCAUUGCAGGGUAUCCCUUGUCAGGUCUUGGUAAAAAGACAAGAGUGUGAGUUCUCAAAUGGGAAUUGUGUUUUGCCCCUCAGUGCAGCCAAGAGCUGUCCCUUAUCUUGUGUGGAUGUACAGCGGGGAAUUACAUCACGUGGUGUAGUGGCGAGAGGCUAGGUUGUGCAGGGAGUCUGUAUUAGGCAUGUGCAUGAGGAAAAUAUUCGGCAUUCCGAAAUUCGGGACUUCGGCACUUCGGCAACUUCAGCACUUGAACACUUCGGCACUUUGGCAACUUCGGCAAUUCGGAUCUUAGACACUUCAGAAGUUUGGCAACUUCGGAACUCCGGCAUUUCGGGACUUUUCUUGCAGCUGCUUGGUAGAUAACUCCCUAAUUCCCAUGGUAUUAGGGAGUUAUCUACCAAAAGGCUGAAAGACCUAAAUUGGCCUUUCAGCCAAAUUUACUAAUACUAAGUAAAAAUUACUUAGUAUUAGUAAAUUGUGCCCCUACUUGCUGUACUGCGAGUAGGGGUAUGUCUAUUAAACAGUGAGCAGCCUGUGGCUGCUCACUGUUAAAAAAAAAUAAAAAAAAAGGGCUCCCUGAGCGGCGGGUGGGGUCCUAAAGUAAAAAACGGGGGGAGGACCUAUUGUGCGGUGGGUGGGGGCCCUAAAUAAAAAUUUAACCCCCCCAGGUGACUAGGGGUCCCCAAACCCCUAGUCACCCCCUCCCCCAAAAAAUAAACUCCUACCUACCCCCCUCACCCUAAAAAUAAUGAGGGGGGACCUUUAACUAAGUACCUGUAAAAAUAAACACAAACUUACCUUUCUUUCUUCUAAAAUCUUCUUUUUUCCGCCCCAAAAAAGGCCAAAUAAAAAUCCAUAAUAAACGACGCAAUUAAAAAAUCCAUCUUCACUUGGCGAGGGCUCUGCGCAGACUUAGCUCUGCAGAGCGGGUAAGGCUUAUAAAGCCUUGCCCCGCCCUGCAAUUAGGCGCAGAGCACUCUGAUUGGUGGGUUUAAGCCAUCCAAUCAGAGUGCUCUGACAGGUAAAUGAAGAGACUGACAGGUAAGUCUCUACAUUUACCUGUCACAGCACUCUGAUUGGUUGACUUGAAAUCCACCAAUCAGAGUGCUCUGUGUCAUUUUACACAGCGUGGGAAAGGUCUUUGGAAGCACCCGAAUUUCCGAAUUACCCGAAAUUUGGCCGAAUUUUAAUUCGGACCGAAACGAAUUGCACAUGUCUAGUCUGUAUGCCCCAUCCAUGACAAAACUUCUAGCUACCUAAGAGGGUAGUACUGUGGUGAUGAGGCAUCCUAAAUAGUGAGGUAUUUCCUCUGUUGUGAUUUCAGUUGGUAUACCAUGAAUUUUAAUGUCUAGCACGAAGACCUGAAUGUCUUGUUUAGUGGCUUAGUGGGUCCCAGCUAGAGAGUUAAUGAGUGUGGAGACUGCUAGAUCUUGCUCCUGGGAAGAAUAAGUCCAAACACGAUCUGGCGGGUCCGAGGGGGCUGACAUACUUGCACUCUCCUCGGCUGCAAUUUUGGGCUGAACCUACCUUUGAAGCAUGGAGCUGAUGUAUCGUGUUUCAGGAGCUGCUCCAGGUGAGAGCUUUUGCGAUUUGCACCUCAUAGUAGAUGUGCUGGCUGGAACUGUGCUGUUCCGUCUGUAAUGCUGUAAGGAGGUGAUCCUCUAAAUAGCUACUCCAAGCUAGGAUAUACUGGUGCUCGGUACACCCCCGGCCUGCGUUUCACUUUUGCAACCUUCAGUAGCGGAAAGAAGGGCAUUGGUGGGUGCAGGAGCCCGUUCUGCAGCAAAAGUAGGGUUUGCUCCAAGUGGAUAGUCCCUGAAUUAGGAGAUAAUCCGCAGAUUUAGUCGGAGCUGUUGGGACCUGAGAAAAACGGCGUCUGCUUCGUCUCGCUGGCAAGCACCGCCCCCUCCAUCAUACAUGCUUUUUAUGUAAUAAUGUCUAUAUUUUAUAAUCCAAUACAAAAUCUAUUUCUUUAUUAUUUGAAGUCUAGUGUUCCUCGGGCUAUUUUAAUUUUAUAUGGGUCAAUGGUACUUAAAUUAAUAGGUUGUUUUCACUUAACGCUUUCUGCAAUUCUAAUUACAGUUUUCUCUGACAGGAUUAUUUACUAAAGUGGAAAUUCUAAAAGAAUUUCACAUUUAAGGCCAGAGUAGCGGAGUAUGUUUCCAGUUUGCUAUUUUGACCUUAAAUGUAAUAUUCACUUAGAGUUCUCAUUUAAGUGAAUAAUCCUGUAAAAUUAUAAUGACUUGCUCUCUCUAGAAUGCUAAGCAUGCAUUCUUCACAUGAAAUCAGUUAAUUAUUGGCCAUUCCAUAUAUACUAGGACAUUUUAUUACUGAAUUGUACAGAUAUAGUUAUCACCAAUUAUUUUACCUUGAUUUCACAGGUACUGCUGGUCAGCAGCAGCAGGUAUCCAGACCAAUGGAUUGUACCAGGAGGUGGACUGGAACCAGGGGAAGAGCCUAGUGCAGCAGCAGUUCGGGAGGUGUGUGAGGAGGUAGGAACUUCAUAGAAUUCCACUUAAAACCAGUCUUGUGUGUUUGUGUAAGUGUUUACCCAAUUUGUGUAAUAUGCUCAUUCACAAACUGAAGUAUCUAUAGCAAUGUAUAACUUAUAAACAAUGUUAAUUUAAAUGGUGCAGUAUAUGAAAAUGCCUCCAAUUCUGUAAAUAAAGCAAAUACAUAUACUAGGAUAGCGAAUUCAUAUAAAAGGUAAUUGAUGCACACUGCAGUGAUUUUCCCUUCUUGGUCAUGGGUUAUGUUAGCAUAGCAGCUCCUCUUUGUCCAUUUGUAAAAAAAAUAUAUAUAUUUAUAAAUGCCCUUAUGUCAGCUCCUCUUUGUCUAUUUAUAAAAAAAUAUAUAUAUUUAUAAAUGCCCUUAUGUCAAAAAUACCUCAAAAGGGACAUAGAGAAAUGUUGCCAUUGCAAACAAAAAUUAUUAGGGCAUUUAGAUUUUCUCUUUUCUAGGCCAUUUUAUCACUAUUGCUGCACUUGGUUCCUUUUGGAUGCACCUUUGCCUCUUUCUGCCUUCGGCCACAGCAUUUUAAAACCCUCUACUCCUAGAAUACCAUGGAUUGUGACACUGGUAUCUUUUAUGGACUUUUUAUUAGCAUGGUUGCAGUGUCUAUGGUAAGCGUGCAUCUGCAAAUGACGAUGAUCUCCAAAUGGCGAUGAGUGAUGAUAUCAGGACCUGAUUACGCACGUGAUCCUGUAGGUUCUGACUAUUUUGGUUCUGACAGCUAGUUCCUUGACUUGUGUUGGCUUUCUGGUAUCCCUCACACAGCUUAUUCUUUGACUUUGGUUUUGCCUACAUCCAGAUUGUACUUUUUCAGGUUGUUCUUGACUUGACCUGGCCCUGAUUUCUAGCAGUUUAUCCUGGUUAUUGCUUAUUCUAGUUUUAUCACUUUCUAUAUCUAUCGAAGUGUUAAGCCAGGCCACUCUAAGGUCCAGUAAUACAUCUUGCUAUCCUUUCUCACUGCAUGCUCUAUUAGGUUCUGACCUAUAUUUUGCUGAGGAUCUUCCUGGAAUUGUAACAUUAUAAAACCUCCUCCUGUUGACUCUCAAGUCGCAGUACUCUCCUGAUCUCCCUAGCAUGAAGGUAGCAAUUAGAAAACUCUUUCAAAUUAUCCACACAUGCUUUCCUUUAUGACAGAUCCAAGACGGACAUUAUUUGCCAAGUGACAGGUAAAGCCAUGACUUAGGCUAACCCCUUGUGGGAAAACAACCUGCCCAUUGUUACCAAUUGCCCUCAGUUUGUGGAAUUGUUGUAUAAGGUUUUUGACACCUAUGGGCAUACAGCUACAAGGCUCUAUCACAUUUUGUAGCAAGGAUCCAAUGUUCUAGACCAUUGGGGGAGUACGCUCUGGAGCUCUUGAUGUAUGCUGCAGAACUAAGUUUUAAUGGUAAUACUCUAUUUGCUACUUUCAUAUAAGGGUUUUCUGAUAUUAUUUUGGAUGAGACUGCGGCCAGAGAUCUUCUGGUUGACUUUGGAAAAUGUAGUCUCCUAUUUGACUCAGUUAGAUGCUUGUAUUCACACUUGUAGUUAAAGAGCAAAGGCUAGAAAAUAUUUUUUCCUUGCUCCAUCAUCUCCUAAUACUUCUGCUAGUGUGAAUGUGGAGGAAGAAAAAUUACCACCCCAAUGCCCUCAUAACUGAGCUAUUGAUCUUUUGCCAGGUACUAGUCCUUCAAGAGGGUGAACUUAUCAUUUAUCUCCUGGUGAGAAUAAAGCCAGGGAGGACUAUGUCACCAAAUACUUAAGGAAGUGAUAACAAUCACACUAUAACACUUAUCCCCAUUUUUUUUCCACUGAACUGUUUGACAGGAUCAAGGGAUCUAAGGUUUUAAUUAAGUUAGAUCUUAGCAGAGCCUACAAUCUGGACAGAAUUAGACAUAUGGAAGAUGGCCUCUAACACUUGUAGUGGGCAUUAUACAAUCAUGCCAUUUGAUCUUUCUGCUGAUCUAAUUUCUCACUUUCUACAGGGUAGUCAGAUUUUCACAUCGUUGUUGGAAAACGUGCUAUUUCUCAUGCAUGAUAAAUGCAAAUUUGAAAAAGACCAACUUCCAUUCUAAGGAUAUAUCAUAUGUCAUCUGUAAUUUAACUGGACCCUGAAAAACUAACUGCCAUAGCAGAUUGUUCCCUUCUCCAGGGCAUUACAGCUAUUCCAAUGUUUAUCGGCUUCUCCAUUUCACCUAUUACUACUUUAAUUAAGAAGGGUGCUGAGGCCUGCCACUGGAAUCCCUCUGCCUUAGAGGCCUUUGAAAAACUUAAAGGAACACUAUAGCGUUAGGAAUACAAAACUACAGUAUAUAAUGCUCCUCCCCCCCCCCUAAAAAAAAAGUGUUACAAAUAUCCAUCCAACCUAAUCCCAGCACUGGUGACCUAUCUCCUCCUACUCUGAUGUCACGCCGAAGUGGGAAUCUAAUAUGCAUACGUGGUGAGCGCAGUGCACACAUUUCUACUUCCUGGUAGCAAAGCAUUGAAUCAUGUUUUCCUAUGACACUCGACAUCUGUAAACGUUGCAGAAUUAAGUGUCAGGGGCACUGCACUCAGACCAUUUAACAGACACUAUAGUCACCAGAACAACAAACUUUAAUGUAGUUGUUCUGGUGAGUAUAGUCUGUCCCUGCUGCAAUUUUCAUGUAAACACUGCCUUUUCAGAGAAAGCAGUUCAGCCUGAUUGUUAGUCUUGCUCUGUUAAUUCCAAUUUUAUAACAUGACAGAAGGCUUCGUAUUUGCUUAAGUCUCUCUUUACUAGAACUCCACAGCAGCACAGAAAAACAACCAAUCAGAAAAAAGUUAGGUACUAUAAAACUCCCCCAUGCAUCAUUUCCUCUUUCUUUGCUGCUCCGCAGUCAGUACAGGUCAGAGUACCACUGCCUCCUGCUUCUAGUUGGUGGCUUUGGGAUUUAUUAUGAUUUAUUUAUGAUUAUAUUUACUAUAUUUAGUUAUCAUGUUAUAUAUUUAUUUAUAUUUUAUAUACAUUAUAUUUUAUCAUCAUAUUAUAUAAAUAUAUUUAUUUUAUAUAUUAUAUACAUUAUUCUUAGUUAUCAUAUCAUAUAUUUUAUAUACUUUCUACAUUGUAUUUAGUUAUCAUUUUUUAUAUUUCUUUUAUAUCUUAUAUACGUUUAUAUUUUAUUAUAUAUUUAUUAUAUUUAGUUGUGGUUCAUGUCCUUUUGGAUCUUCUGGGCUUCCCCUGUUUCUUUGGGGAUAUUUUCCUGUCAUUGUGGGGGUCUUAUGGGGGUUUCUGGGGAUACCUUCAGCUUGUUCCCCUUUGUGUUCACCCUCCUCCUUCCCCCACCCCACUUUCCAGCGCCCUUCGUGGGCUGCAGGCGCUUUCACUCGGGGUGUCAGGAGACUAGCCGUUUAAAAGGCUGUCUCCUCUGACUCCCCGAGCUCCGGUGCAUACCUGCCGGCGCAUGAGGUUUCUCGCGGAUAGACGCGAGUACCCUGCUGCGCGGCCCUUCCUCCAGCCACGGCGGUUGGACCGAGAAUGUUUUUUCUCAUGCUGGUAUUCUGGCUGUCACUAAGCUAUUAUACAAUAAUAGUUCAGUGGACUCCAGGAUCAGUGUUUGAAGUCACAGGUUCAAUUCUGGCAUAGUCAUCUAUACAUUUUCAUGCAGAGAUCUUUUAGAUCAGGGGUGAGCACACCUUUGCACUAUUCAUCUAGCGUUCUUAUGCUCCUAUCCUUGUGCUUCCCUAUAUAUAUUCCUGGUCCAUCUCUGGGUCAGAGAUGAGACUGCUAUAGUGUGAUAUGCACCAUCUAUGGCUAGCGUAUUAAGCUAAGCAGACCUAGCUCUGGCUCUAACUGGUAUGGGAGACCAGCCUAUGCUGACACUAAUUCUUUUUAUCAGGUUCUGUGCCUAGUAGAGUGGAAGGUGGCUCCUUCCGAACUCAAUAAGGGGACACAUUGAGUUGGCAAUUGUUUAGCCCUACUCCUGAAAUAUACCACGGGUACAAUACCCUUCAGGUGGUAUGCUGAUGAGGCAUAAUAUUGAAGAAGGAAUCUCAAACAGGUCUGCAGGUUCAUGUGCAUAACCUAUUCACAGUUAAAAAUGAAUCGCUCAGUAUAUCAUGGUUUAAUGGACACUAUAUUCACUGGAACAUUUUCAGACUAUAUCCACUGGAAUACCACUUUUUUGCUUGCUGGGCAUUUAGGGACUGCUAGUCCCAGUUAAGGUUUAUUCACACAGUAUUACGCUGUCUAAAGGGGUUGGCGUCUGGGGGUCCUAUAUCACAGGAUACCCUGAAGAAUUACAGAUAUUUAGGGAACGCUACCCUAACAGUCGGGUCCUUUAAUACCCAUUUAGACGCUACCCAGGAUUGGCCUGCUAUGUCUGUGCCCCAUUGAUUGGCCUGCUAUGUCUGUGCCCCUUUGACUGGCCUGCUAUGUCUGUUCCCCUUUGACUGGCCUGCUUUAUCUGUGCCCCAUUGAUUGGCCUGCUAUGUCUGCGCCCCAUUGAUUGGCCAGCUAUGUCUGCGCCCCAUUGAUUGGCCUGCUAGGUCUGUGCCAAUUUGAUUGGCCUGCCAUGUCCGUGCCCUUCUGGGAGGAUAUCACUAAGAAAAGCCCAGUACCCACUAUUGACAUGGAGAUAGUGUCCAGGCAAGCACUGCUGCCUUACUAUCCAAGAGGACACCAGUAUACGGGCACCUCAAUAUGAUUGGAAGGGUGAAGGCCCUAAACCUCAUCCCCUGAGGGGCAAGGUUUUUUAUAUGAGAAUCCCUGGGCGCGCCACCACGGUUUACACCUACCCGGCGGCGGCACAUCUCCAAAGAGAAUUUCGCACAAGCAGGGACCAGUGCUCAGACGCCAACAGGGGAGUACGGUUGCCUUGCCUUCAGCAACUAACCAUUUAGCUGCCUUUCCGGUAUCCAUCUUAGGUAUUGGUAGUUAGUCCUACGUUAUGUUUAGCUCCUGACCCUUUCAGUUGGGUUUACUUGGCUUGCUGUUUCUAUCUGCUAUUUACCUUCUCUCCAAGGUACGUAUUUACCGUUAUCUAUAUUAGUUGUCGUUUCUUGGUUUUUGAACCUUCAAAUUGUCCUAUCGCUCGGGUCGUCGAGAGGCCUGACUUGACCUCCUCCAACCUCCCGGGCUUUAGUGGAUUGCGGAGAACGUCUCCAGCUUUCCUCAGGCUACCGACGGUCAACCUGGACCCCGCGCGCGCAUUGGGAUCCGGGCGGUCAGUUAGUAGUUUCCAUCAUUGUUUCCGAAGGUUGCAUUUUCGCAGCAUCCCUUUCUGUUAUUAAGGAUGGACACGGCCUGAGGUUGUAUACUAGUCCAUCUGCCAUCGGUCUGGUUUAUUACCAGUUGAUUCCAUCGCAGGGAGCGAUUCAGAGAGAGGUCUCAUGGUCAGAGAGAGACCCACCUCAGGAUCUCAGCCUUAUGCUGAUAUAAGUAAACCCCUGCAGUUGGUCACCCUGAGUCUCUAAGGGACCCUGGUUUGGAUCACAAGAGGGUGCGGCCCUCCAUCACCUCGAUCCGAGAAUUAAAUUUUGUUUUCACGAACAGAGAGCAUACCCCUCUCAUAUAUGGAACCAGACACUGAUUUGUUGUUAAAGGGCGUGGCCGGGGGCGUGGCCUAACCACUGAAGCGGACGGUCGCAGGAUUGCUGAGCUCCAGGCCUGAAACUGACAAAACCCACUAAAAACACCCACAAUCGGGUCAAAUCCAACCCAGACGGACCCAAACGUUUAGGUAAACGCGAUGGGGCGAAAGACAAAGAAGUUAAAGCCCGAAAAACUCCACCCGGGCACACAUAUUGGCGAGUUGUGGCGGAAGGCCCAAGAAGCCUCUCUCCCUAACAUGGCGUCCCUUCAUGGCGGAUGCUCAGACUUCUACAGUGAGUCUUCGGAUGAAGCAGAAGGGGAGCCCCUACAAGCCAACCCCAAACUCCCACUGAAUCGAACACAGCCCCCACCACCCGCCGCAACCCCUACCCCGGUGAGCAUGGAGGCCAUCAGAGAAUUAAUGGCAGACCACCAUAAAAAAAUAUCAGCGGAUGUGGCCUCAAUUCGGGACACGCUGAAGGGCCUCAGUGGACGACUUGGAGCUGUGGAACACACCACGCAAGCCCAAGACACACAUAUCAAGGAGCUACAGCAAGAGAUACUGGCGCUGAGGAACCUGUCCAAACAAAAUGACUUACGGUUUGCAGAGCUGGAAGAUAAACGUCGGCUGAAGCAUCUCAAGAUCAGAGGAAUAACAGAUACUGUGACGGACUCUGAACUGCCCCAUUUCGUGCGGCGGCUCCUCACGAUAAUGCUAAACCCAAAACAUGCUAAAGCAGUGAUACUGGAUGAAAUAUUCCGUAUCCCAAAACCCGCUAAAGCUCCAGACGCAGCCACCCGUGAUGUGAUCCUGCAGUUUCAAGCCCAAAGAGACAGAUCCGCAGUUCUGGCCGUGGCCAGGCUCCAACAGACCUACCCCUUCGAAGGCAUGAACCUAAUGUUUUAUGCGGACCUCUCGGGAGCCACUUUAGCCUGGAGGAGAUCCCUGCAACAAUUGACAUCACUUCUGCGUGAGAAACAUGUCACAUACCGCUGGGGCCCGGCUCACACCCUGAUGGUAACAAAAGGCGAAGAUACGCAUAAAAUUCACUGCAUACAAGAGGCACCGAUGAUCCUGGGGUUGCUCGGCCUCCCCCCGAACGCAUUGACCCAGCCAGCACCUAAGGACAGACCUCGGAACCCCCCAAGUUGGGAAACAGCUAGCGCUGCUGAAUUUGUCCCCAGACGACAGGAAGAAUCACCCACCGUCGCUGCCACGACCUGAAGGUCAAUUCUGGACUGUGUGAGUUACCGGGACAUUGCCCCACCACUAGGCAUAUUAUGCAUAGGGACGGCCAUGCACAACCCAAACCCACACUACUGAACAACCCAAUCGUUUCCACCCCAUCAUUAUAUUUAGCACUAUGACUUCAACUGUUUCCCCUUUCCUUGUUAUUUUCUCUCGAACACCAUAGUGAGCUUGUAGUUCACACCAACCAGUUAAAUCUGACGCCAGAAAUGUUCACUCACCUCUUAGUACAUUCGAUAUUGCCUUGCCAAAUUAUAACAAUAUACAUUGUUUUAUUCCUGAUACGACACUGUUUGUGCCCAUAGACCUGUGGUCGCGAAUGAGGCACUAUAGAAUUAUAUGUACGAUGCAUAGCAUAACAAAAACUAACUUUUAAGGGAGGGAAAAGAUAGGUUAUCAAAGGAGAAGAGGAGGAGGGGAAAGGGGAGGAAUAAUCUAGGUGUUAAGGUGUAUAGGACUGCUCACACCCGAGUUCUGUUGUCUUCCUAGUUUAUCGUAUUUUAUUACACUUUUUCAUCACCUAGUACUUCGACCAUCAAAAGUAGUCUCUGGUACAAACUCGCAUAUUAGUCACUAUUUAUGUUAAGCUAGAUCUCCCCGCUGACAUAACCAUAAGAAAUGAACGCUGAGUAUCCACCUCAGCAUCCUUACGGGUGAUUCUUCUGUGUAUAACUUAACCAGAGACCGCUUAGGUCAAAAAAUGCCAGAUUGUUUAUUUCCCUUUAUUUUUUAAUGCUAACGUGGACAUGGUAUGUCCCUCUCUGUUUGGUGGUAUAUUACUUUCCUUAUAUAUUUACCUUUAACAUUUAACCUAAUUUUCAUUUAAUUGCACUUAACCUAGCCAAACUUUAUUAUUUUCUAUCAAGUCAGUAAGUCAACCAGUAUUAACACCCGUACUUAUAGCCUUAACUGACACGCAAGAUUAAAACUUAUAAAUAUAACUUCGCCUACAACCUACAACUUAACGUUAAUUAAUAUGCUGAUAUCUCCACGUUACUACUGUAUCAAGCUGUGUUUAUGCUUCCUGAAUUUACCAUUGUGACAAAGACAAAUGUUCAGCACAUCUCAAGCGUUGCUCACUCAUUGCUUAUAUUUUCUUUUAUAAAACUAAAAUUGUGCUGUAUAGUCAUAUGCCACGUUAUGUUUCCUCUGUAUAUUACUGCUUGUGACUGCUGUUGUGGCUGAACAAGCCUAUUGUUAAUCCAUGCACUUCAAAAAUAAAGAAUUAAAAAAAAAAAAAAAAAGGGCGUGGCCCUCCCUCAACCUCAGCCUGAUACAGAGGACAUGUUUUGAGUGUCACAUUCACAUAGAGAGAACCGGUCACGGAUGUAGACUUUACUGUUUGGUUAUUAACAGGUGCGGCCCGCUCAGGCUAGCAGCCGGACGCUGACACGGAACAUUAUUAGAGUGCGUGGCUCUCUCAUACACUCAACACUAUACGGUGCCAUCCUUUUGUACAUCUCACAGGCUUGUACCUGUACAGGACAACGAUGACUGCAUAGAGGGGCGUCCUUCCUGCAUUCAAUUAGAUCUAACGACCGUGCUACCGAUUUUCGUUAGAGAGGGCUGCCUGAUCAUGCAGGAUAUACAUAUUUAGACUGGAUCCCUUUAUUUCAUCUCCUGUAAUGGAUCUACUGGAUCAGAGGUAUAACAGGGGGAGACUUCCGCUUAUUUACACUCACUCCUGGAGUCGGUACGGCUAAGGGAUGAGCCUCAGGUAUUACAAGAGUGCAGGUUUUGGUAUAUUCUGCGCUAUAUAAAACAGACAAUUACAUUCUGUCUUAGAUAUCCGGACCAUUGUGAACAAACUGCGUAGACAGUUUUUCCCAUAUCGAGAUGACAUGAGAUACUGAGACCUUCAUGGAGCAAACGGGCACUGCCUUGCUCGGGUAAUAUGACUAGGGAGAUGGAGGGCCCUCUAUCUAUACUCUAUAUCCUUCACAGGAACCAUCUUUGUUUGGGUUUGCGCUAACCCACCUUUUCAACUACCAUCAAGGAGACCUACGAGACUCUACGGAGGAACCCGUUGUGCCUCGACUCCUACACGGAUGUUAAGUCGGGUGGCAACCUACCGCUGGAGUACUGCUCAGGAUGUGUAGCAGAUUCAGAUAGGGCUGCCGACAUUCUCAAACGGGACAACACAUGACUCGGACGGUUGAAGCUAGACCCUUCUUUUUCGUUAUAUCUGCUCUCUGGAGUCACCUGUCAUGAGCGAAUGGACUUUACGCCUUGCCGGCGUAUUGGAGAACGCAAUGUGUUCACGGGACUCCAAUCUAAGAAGGGAGGUAUCCCUCUAUAGGGAGAUCUUGACUUCGGUUAUCGAACUCACAUUCCUGGGUCCCUUGACCUAGGGUCUACUCUGGGAGAUACGUGCCCGGACAGUCAGGGAUACAGGGACCUAGGGGUCUCACUAUAUUAUACCCUAUCUUGUAGGUGGCAUGUAGACCAGGAAUCCCUACACGAAUUUUGACAGGUCGGGCAUGGAACAGGUCUGUACGACGAGCAAUCGGACUAUUUCACAAUCUCACUACAGCACGUGAGGAAUCUUCGUUGUCAUACAGGUCCCUAUCACCAUUGGAUCCGUACAUCUUAUCACUCUUAGAUGAUGACAUAUCUGGAUGGAAAUCUCAACUCCGGUUUACGUUUCCCAUCCCUUUGAAUUUUUCGGGACUCACUAUUCUCAGAAUAGUCGACCACUGUUCCACCACACAAGUUCAGUUUGGGACCCUGAUUGGACGUCCUUUCUCUGCCGCAGCCAAGGAUUACACAGUCCAUUUGGAAUAUUGGAAUCACUUAGGAUAUGGCUAGCUUGACCACACCCUUGCCUGCAUAAUAAAUUUAUUCUCGGAUGAGACAUCUCACCUCGUAGGCCGUUAGGGAACGAAAGAUCCCACUCUGUUGUAUUACGGAAUUGGUGGUGGACUUAGGCGCAUUCCUUGAGAAUGGGGAUCUACCUGCAAGGCCACGUCACCGGGUGACCCUGGCACGAUCGGAGGAGCCACCUUACACAUCAAGAGUUGAGACAUGGUGGCAGUGUCUUCUCGAGGCCCUAAGUUCGCAAAUGACCAUCAACAUUUUACAACUACAGGAAAAUGGCUCAAAGUCAGCUUGGCAGCUCAUGGACUGGUUGCUAGGAAAUAGGUCACAACCCACGUACAAUGGAUCUAUCAGCGGAUGGUGUUUUUUCCGUACUUGGGAUGCUUCGUCAGCUGGCGUUAAAAGCGUUAAAACAGCGUUAAAACAGCAAAUACGAAGCCUCCUGUCAUGUUAUAAAAUUGUAGAUUAUGCUAACUUUAAUGUACCUAUAAUCUUAAUUUUAUUAAUGACAGGAGGCGAGUAUUUCCCACCCGUUCUUAUCCCUCCCUUGUUUAAUUUUAAUAGUUUGGAUUAAUCAGGUAUGUAUGCAACUCUGCUUGUUGUCUCUGCUACCUGUCACCUGUUCUUAUGUCUGUUUUUCAUGAGUAAGGUUGGGAUAUCUACAUAUUAAAGUAAUUUUGGUUGUUACAUUGGGUACCUACAUGUUUAUUCAGAGUACAUUUCAUUGGAUAAUCAACCUGUUCGAUUCUGUUUUUCUAUCGUUUCAGUUUACAGUCCAUCAACGCUAUCUGGUUUGGCAGUUCUUUUCAGAUGGUGGACAUUGUUAUAUUCAUCGUAUCUAGGACUUUGGUUCUUCCCCAUUAUGUUUUCUACCUUUUAUUCUGUUUUUGUCGCAGCUUGAAAGAGGAAAUUAUGCAUGGGGAGGGGAGUUUUAUAGUACCUAACUUUUUUCUGAUUGGUUGUUUUUCUGUGCUGCUGUGGAGUUCUAGUAAAGAGAGACUUAAGCAAAUACUCGCCACCUGUCAUCAAUAAAAUUAAGAUUAUAGGUACACUAAAGCUAGCAUAAUCUACAAUUUCUAUCUAAGGCUCUGAUUAUCAUUUUUAUAUACCUUGUUUUCUAACUUGUGUGAGAAGUUUUUCAAUUUAUUUACCUACAGAAGUUUUUCUUUGUAGCAAAAUCAUUGGGAAAGCUUUUAGAAAAAUAUUAAAGGGACACAAUAGUCACCAGAACAACUACAGCUUAUUGUAUUUUUUCUUGUGAGUAUAAUUAUUCCUUUCAGGCUUUUUGCAGUAAACACUGUCCUUUCAGAUAAAAUGCGUUUACAUUACAGCCUAUGGAUACCUCCACUGGCCACUCCUCAUAUGACUACUAGUCUCCACCCUCUGCAUGGAGACACUGAACUUGCCUCAUAGAGAUGGAUUGAUUCAAUGCAUUUCUAUGAGGAGAUGCUGAUUGGCCAGGACUGUGUUUGGCUUGUGCUGGCUCUGCCCCUGAUCUGCCUCCUUGAUUCUGAGCCAAUCCAAUGCUUUCCUAUGUGAAAGCAUUGUUAUUGGCUUUUGAUCAACACUUCUGAUGAUGUCAGCCAAGCAGGCAGAUAAAGGGAAGAGCAAGCAGAAGCAGCAUGCUGCAAUAUAGGUAAGAUUUAGCUAUAUUUAUGGGUGGUGGGGGGUUUGGCAGGCAGAUGGUGUUUUUAUUCCUGACCCUAUAGUGUUCCUUUAAAUAAAGGCCUAAGCACUAUUCCAAUCUUUAAGAAUAUUUUUUAUUUUUUUAUUUUUUUAAAGAAUGAAUAAUGCCCUAUUGUGUGUCUUUGUAUCUGUGUGUUGGUGCGUAUGUACCUGUGUGUCGGUGUGUGUACCUGUGUGUCGGUGUGUGUACCUGUCUAUGUGUGGCAGUGUAUACAUUACAGCAUUCCAAAGCCAGCACUGCACACAAAUACACCCCUGCGUUCCAAUGCCUACAUUGCUUACAAAUACACCCAUGCAUUCCAACUCAUUUAGGCUGGGCUUAGAGGGGCGGCAAGCUCAGGGACUGCCCCUGGUCGCAAAAGCUCUAGCUACGCCACAGUAGUAGUGGUAGUACAUAGUAGUAGUAGUAGUAGUAUUAUAUGUAAUAUAGUAUUAACACACAACUGUGAGUAUUAUUGCUGUGGAAUUCCUUAAAGAGAGGGACAUUUCGAUAGAAAAGAGGGACAGAGGGUUUCCCUAUCCUAAAUAGGGACACAUGGGAGGUAUGCAUUCUGACUAUGUGGUUUGCUUGUCUCCAGCUUUCCUCUGUAUAGAAAAGGGGGUUUAACCCCUUAGUGACCAGAUCGCUUUUCAAUUUUCUUACCGUUAAGGACCAGGUCUGUUUUUACAUUUCUGCGGUGUUUGUGUUUAGCUGUAAUUUUCCUCUUACUCAUUUACUGUACCCACACAUAUUAUAUACCAUUUUUCUCGCCAUUAAAUGGUCUUUCUAAAGAUACCAUUAUUUUCAUCAUUUUACUAUAAUUUACUAUAAUUUUUUUUUAUAAAAUGUUAAAAAAGCACUUUUUCUAACUUUGACCCUUAAAAUCUGUUGCGCAUCUAUAACUGCCAAAAAACAUCUGUCCUUAAUAGUGUCUAAAUUUUGUCCUGAGUUUAGAAAUACCCAAUGUUAACAUGUUCUUAGCUUUUUUUUUGGAAAUUUAUAGGGCAAUAAUUACAAGUAGCACUUUGCUAUUCUAAAACAUUUUUUUUUUUUCAAAAUUAACAAAAGUUUCAUUGUAACACUGAUAUCUGUCAGGAAUCCCUGAAUAACCAUUCACAUGUAUAUAUUUUUAAAAGAAUACAACCUAAUGGUAUUUUGACUCUUUUCACACAACCAUUUUACCACCAAUCUAUGCCAAAUUAAAAAAGCCACUAAGCUACUUAGUCACAAGCACUGGCCAAAUAUUAUUUUUGUGACUAAGUGGCUACUGAAAAAGACUGGACAUACCCCACUUGCAAUACCUUGGUUUGUCUACUUUUUCAAAUGGUAUGCCAUCAUGGGGGUAAUUCUCAUUCUUGGGCUACCACAUGGUCUCAAAUGUAACAUUACUAAUCUGGCAAAUUUCAAUGUGAAAAAAAUGAAAAAUGGAAUGUGCUAUAUUUGACCCUGUAACUUCCCAAAGCAAUGUAAAACCUGUUAAUGGGGGGGUACUGUUGUACUUGUGAGACUUUGCUGAAUACAAAUAUGUGCAUUUUAUUGCCAUAAAAGCUAACAGUACUAGCGGAACUACAAAUUUAAAAAAAAAAUCUUAAUUUCUCCCAGUUUUUUAAAUUGUAUUCAUAAUAAAUUAUGUUUCAUAUAUGAAUACUUUAUGAGAAAUUAAAGCCCUGUCUCCCUUGAACAAAAUGAUAUAUAAUAAGUGUGAGUGCACUUAAGGUGAAAGAGGUGAAUUACGGUUGGAAAGAUAUUCCAGUUUUUGUUUACAUGUUUUGAUCAGAACGUGUACUAUUGACUCCGUCCUGAAGGUGUUAAUAAGUCAUUUAAUCACUGAUUUCCUUUCCCCCCCCAACAGGCUGGAGUUAAAGGCAUAUUGGGUCGUAUGCUGGGUGUAUUUGAGGUACGUAAGAUCUGAUUCCAUUUAAAAUAGUGUCAGAAGAUAAUGCAUAAAUUGUCUUGUAAUAAAAAUGAAGAAAUAGUUAAUGUAAUUACAAAGAUGGGAGAAAGUUGCUGCCACCCUUUUGGAGAAGAAAGAGCUCCUAAAAAGUUUGUUUUUUCCCAGCAUAAUUCCGUGUUCACCCAGAACAUUUUUUAUUUUCUGAAUGAGACACACCCCAAUAUAUAAUUGUCCACCACUUCCUGAUAAAAUGAAAAAAGGAAGGCUACAUCUUACAAUAAAUGAAGGAAACCUCGCAGUAGGAGAAGAGAUUGAGGAAACAACAAAAAUCCCACAUACUUGGUGUACUACAUAGGGACAAAGAAACAGAGAGAGAGAGAGAACAAAAAAGUGACCAGGAAACAAAUGAUCAGGUGAGCAUGAGAGUUUGGAGUUUAGAAGGGAAAUAGAAAAGUGAGGUGAGAGGUUGUGCCUGCCACCCAGAAACUUAACAUGGACUAGACCUGGGCAGAGAGAGGAGAGAUGAGAUAAAGAUCAGGAAGUUGAAAGAAAGGUAGAGUGCCAAGGGUUUCCUUUGACAGGGGUUAAAUACCAUAUAAAAAUGUUUUUUGUUUUUUUUAAAGGCUUGUUUAUAUGGGUUGCCCAGUUGAUGAGAGUGUUGGUGGUUCCCAGUUGCUUGCCAAGUCCGGGUCUUUAGAAUGUUUCAUCUCCUGUUCCCAAGCAGCAACAUGAGGGAAAGUGGCAGUGGAAGGCCAGUAUACAAGGGUAGUGUAUAGUAAGGAAAUCUGAACCUUUUGUAGACAUGUACUCUCAAAGGAUGUAGAUUGCCCAACUAGAUGCAAAGCUCCAAACUUAUGAAUAAAAGAAUAAAUCUCAAGUAGUUAGACCUUUUGAGUUAGGAAUACCAAUAAAGGUAAAAGGAAUUGAUGCAUAUCCCCAGAAUGACCUCAUUGUUUCAAAGUUGGCAAAUAAUGAAGGGGGUUGCCUUGUGUCAAAAACUUUAUUUUACAAAUAAAGUAUUACAUGAGAAAGUGUGAAGGCCAAGUCCUCUAGUUUUGGCAUGAGUAUAUAUGUCAUAUAAUUGUAGAAUUCAAUAUGCUUAUUUCUUUGGUAAAUAAUAUGCCACCCGACACAUCCUCUUGCAAACCUCCUACAUCCUGAACUCUCUUUUAUGAAUUUUCCAUGAGUAGACCUGCAUGGCAGCCAAGAUCCUUAUUGCACACGUUUUGAUGUUUUGACAGAAAUAUUCCACAUGUAUUUUUGUUCUGAACUAGUUACCAACAUAUUGUCAGUGAUUGGAUAAAAGUUUUCACGAGAAAUUGCUUAGUCGAUAAAAAACAUGUUGGGAACAAAACCAAACUUUAUGAUUAGCAAAUACAUAUUUUUUCCAAGCAAUUACAGUCCAAAAAGAAAUUAAUGAUGACAUAUGGUCACUGAUUCUGAAGAAGGACGACUUCCAGAGGAAUUCACUGCUCCUUCAAGCAAAAUCACAAUUAAAUGAAUAACCAAAUAGUAGUGGAAGGUAGCAAUAUGUAAAAGAAGGAAACAAAGCAGGGCUAGUGAAGCACUGCUAAAAAAAAAAACCCACCAACAACCUAAAAUGGCAUGGGGUUUUUCUAGACUGUAACAACUUGGAAGAACAUUAAUUUAUGUGAUUAGAAAAUAUAUUUCACGUAUGUGUUAUGUAGCUGGAAAUGUUAAAUGUGCUUUUGUAAGGAAUUAAUUCAAAAAUAUCAAUUGAUUCAGUCCCCUCUUCUCAAUCACUCUCCUGUAGAAUUUGGAGCGGAAGCACAGGACAUAUGUUUAUGUCUUGACAGUCACAGAGAUACUGGAAGAUUGGGAGGAUUCCCUGAGUAUAGGUAUGUCUGUCUGUCUGUCUGUCUCUCUAUCGAUCUAUCAUCUAUUUUUUUUUACUUGAUGCAUACAUAUUGUGAUAUGGACCAUUAAAAAGCAGUAUCGGUUUAUUUCAGGAAGAGAACAAAUUCAGUUCGACUUUAGUCGUUAGGAUUUAGGCUGUCAGGCACCAAUAACAGCAGUGAUUAUACAAUAGCACAUGUUAAACUCCCACUAAUCUGAGAGACCAAGUGGAUGUAUUUCCUAGUGCUGUCAUAAGAGUAAAAUAACUUUACCCCUAUCCUUAAAUGAUAAAAAAAAAAUAUAUAAAAGAUACAUUACAGUGAAGUUAGAGAAAAUAGUACCAUCAUUGUGUUAUGCAGACAUUCAGGUCUAAUACUUUUGUGGGUUCUUAUGAUGUCUUUAAGAACUCCCUCAAUUGAUAUCCCUCCCUCCCUUUGUUAAUACGGCUUAUUAGAUCAGUAAGAAGUACUGCAAUACGAUUGUUCUUUUCCCAUCUGAACUAACACAGUUACUCUAACCUAUACCUAAAAUGUAUUGCAGUAGUUGUAGUACUGAAUGCAGAAAAAGUGAACUGUAGAUGAUCGUCAGAAAGUUUGGAAUUGUUUUUGCAGAGAAAUGGAAAACCGCAUGACUAUAAUCUGUUUGGAUAUGAUUAUGGUAAACUGAUCUUAUAGUAAUAUGACUUCAUUUUCUUCUUUGUAUAGGACGGAAGCGUUGCUGGUUCACUAUUGAAGAAGCAGUGAGUGCUUUACAGGGGUACAAACCAGUGCAGGCCUCCUAUUUUCAAAGCCUGAGGCAGAAUUGCCAUUCCAACAAUGGCACCAUCCCUCUGCCCAGCCAGAGCCCACUACCUGAUGUCAGAUGACCCAUUAUACAUAUGGACUCAAAUUUGUUACAACUCCUCUCCAGAGAGGUAGAUAACUGACAAUCACCGGAAGGAGCCCCAAACAAAGUGCAAGAAUCCCAUUUGUCCUGAAGUUGUUGUUCAGAGAAGGGUUAUGCAUGCUGUGUUUAAGCCUGUUUUAGUUAUCCCCUCCUUCAAUAAUGUGGACUUCUUUUUGUCACGUCACUUUUAUGUCAAACUUUACUUUAGCCUGUACUUUUAUAGUGUGUCCUCGACUUGUAUUUAGUCUCACACCUUAACAUAGAAUUAUUUCUCUAUGUCCUCUGCUCAAACAUGCCCUUUAAAUUCACUUGUCUAAAUCACGCCCCCUACUUUUUUUCUUUUCUUUUCAUUGCCUUGUUACCAAUCACAGGUAUUUUUAUUUGUUCUCUGUAAUGUCUCCUUGCCAUAGUGAGUGCUGAUGUGACUUUAAUAUCAUCCAUCUCUCAUAUUUUCCCUAUUUUGCUAUGGCUUCAUGUGGUUCUUUAUGGAAAAUUCCACCACAACUUUUCUCAAACCCUGACCUUUUUCUGUCAUUUGAAUGGUCAAAGGGACACAUAGUGAGAAUGUAAUUUGGUAAUAUGUAAACAUUGGUGGUUUUAAAGACCUAUUGUUAAUUUCUCUUGUUGACAAAUUAUCUGGAUACCCAAGGUUUCUUAGUUUGGCACAUGUGCAAACUGAUAGCUGAUAAAACAAAGUUCAUUAUUUUGAGAUGUGUACAUUUGGACAGGAUACAAAUAUGCAAGCUGGAUGAAUCUUCUUCACAGACAUAUAAUGUUUAUUGUGUAAUGAGUGUAAAGGAAAUCAUGGUUUUUCACAUGUUAUGUCAUUUACAUAGUACUGUACAAAACUUGAAAUGGCAGAAAAAAAGGCUACUUGUGGAACCUUUGUGCAUUUUGUUAUAAGUGGGCUUAUGUUUUGCAAACAAAGCCAUUUGUGCUAACUGAGUUUUUGUGAUAAAUCUAUGUUGAAUAAUGUGUAUUUGUUAUUGCUGCUUACCACUUUAGUUCAGAUUGUAGGCUUUAUGGAUUACAACAUUAAUA